GUGCUGGACCAUGUGAUAGCUUGAAAGGCGGUUAGAAGCUGCAGGAGAGGAGACGUGGGGAUGAGAGCUGCCUGCCUGCCUGCAUCAGAGUUAAGAAUACACUGCAGUGAAUCAAGUGCUCCUUCCAACCGGGGGAGUAAAAGUUCAUGCCGUAGGGAGAGCAGGGCAGGUUUCAUUCAUCUGCAGGAUGCCAGAAGCCACGGGGAUCUAACGGAGCCAUCCGAGAGCAGAAUGGUACCUACGCUCCCACAGCCUGCCUGCCCUGGGUGUGAAGUCUUCACUUGGAGGAGGAAACAGUAACACACACUGGAAUCUGUGUAGGAGAAAGUGAGUCUGAAUCUUGUACUUCCUUGCUGGUUUGGGUCUCUCUCUCUUUGACCACAGUGUGCAGGGUUAUUUCUGCUAUGUGUUUAUUGAAGUGGUGGGGUUUAAUCUAGAGGCAGGGAAAUGUUCAAGAGCAGCAGAGGGAGGCGUAUCAUUUGAAGGGGAAAUCACGGUGAGGAAGGGCUGCCUUUGUUACAGAAAUCAGGUCUAAGCAUGACAAAUAUUUGCCAGGAAUCUGCUGUACAUUUUGGAUUCGGGGGUGGGUAGUUCGGAGAGAGUAAGAAAUUCCAGGAGGAGAGAAAAGUGAGAUUAAAGGGGAGGGAAGGGGCUGGAGAUAGUCAGAGGUCAGAGGGGUGAGUGUCAGGAAAAUGUAUGGAUAUAGAGAGCAGGACGUUAUUUCUCAAGUAAGCUUCUCCUCUCUGCUCCACAGAGAUUUCACAUGCCACUGUCCCUUGAAAUGCUACCAAUUUGUUCUUUCCAAAUGAAAUCUAUUUUCUCCCGAAAAAAAUCAAAAUAGAAAGGUGUAAACAAAAGAGAGAUGUAUUGUGGCAUUUUAGAGACAAACUGCUUUAUUAUUAUUAUUAUUAUUAUUAUUAUUAUUAUUAUUGCUGCUGCUGCUUGAGCUUUUGCUAGGCUUUGUAUACAAGUAAUUGUUUCUUUGGAACAAUGGGAAUGACUUGCUGCAUUUGUAGGACUAUAGUCCUGAUCCAGGACUGAUAGCUUUGUAACUGUAAAAGCAUAAUGAGAGAAGGAGCAGUGGAAGUGAGGAUUGUCUCCUUGCAGGAAGAAAAAACACAGUUCAAAAAGUACUCUGGAUAUAUACAUGUGUGGCGGGAAGGGUGUUAUUUUUCAUGCUGCUAUCCAACAGGAACCCUUGACUGUCGCACCAAAGCAUGCAAACACCUAUCACAAGAUUGCUUGUCACACCUCUUUGUGUGAAGGCUUUUCUGGGGACAGGUUGAAGUACCAUAGGAACAUGCUAACUCAGUUUAAUCAGAGACCAUGAUGGGGCUCCAAAACUGAACUUGUGUACUUUCACCAGUACCCAUUUGUCCGCACAAUAAAUCUGCAGUUGCUUCCCAUCUGUAGUGUGCAAUUUGCAUGUCUUCCCUCAAGAUAGCACUCAUAUUGCAGAGUUGUCACCUUUUCCAAACAUUCACGCCUUAUGAGUGAAACAUUGUUUAGCCAGGGACAGGUGGUAAAUCCCUUGGAUUGUGCUUUAGUUGCUGCUGUGGUUGAUGUGUGGAAUGUGGUUGCACAAGUCCACCUAUUGAAUAUUUGUCUGUGAAGUGAUUACUGCAAGUACACCUCCUCCCUAUUCUUGACUGUUUUGUGAAACUCUGAUUCUGUUAUCCAGAUAGGAUAGGCUGUCCCAUUUCUCCAACUUCUGUGUGGAAGUACACAUCUUACUAAUUUUUUAAGUUUUAAGGGGUAUUAUUAUUAUUAUCUUUCUAUACUGUAUUUGCAUAAGGAUGCCGUGACGCUGUAGUUCACAUGGCUGCCAACAGAUGGUGCUGUGAGUUCCAGAGUUAUAAGAGAACAGCACUGCUACUGGAAGCCUUUCUCUUUCCCAGUGGCCACCAUUUCCAGGGGCAAAACAAAGCAGAGAAACCUUUCUCCUCUUUGUCCUACUGCUGCCACUUCCACUACUGUUGAGGAGAAAAGCUUCUUUCUCGGCUGCCAUCGAGCACAAGAAAGAAGACUUUUUUCAAAAUUCAAGCUUCUUUCUCAGGCAAUGAAGUCUAAGGAGAAGGGGCGAUUGGUAGGGUGGAGUGGGGCUGGCUAGUGAGGUGAAAUAAAGCAAGCAGCCCCUAGUUAAAGAAAUUUAUAGGUUGCUUCGCAGCAUAAAGUCAUCAAAAGGUGUACAAGAUAAAAUCAGAAUAAAACACAGCAACAGAAGCUCUAAAAACAACAAAAUCAAUGCAACAAACUUGCAAAACAAUAAAACCACCACUACAAACUCCAAAAACAGCAAAACCAUUUUUCAGUGAGCCCCUAAAUAUCAUGAUACAAGGUGCCUGUCUGAAUUCAGCUAGCAGUUGACUCCAGAGAGCUGGAACUGCAACACUAAAAGCCUACUUUCCGGUACAAGGCAUAUGGUAUUCUCAGCAACACACUGUCUGAGAAACACAAUUGCCAGGUUUUGCCAGAUAUAUUUGGUGAGGAAAACCUCAAUCGGUGCCCGGUAGUAUAUUGGCAGCCAGUGGAGCUCCUUUAGCAGAUAAGUUAUAUGGUGUGCAUGGUGUGCCUCAGUCAACUACCUAGCUGCAUGGCCAGGAUACUGCAGUAUAGUUCUGCAGAGGUUACUUGCAGAAGUCUCCCCUGUUGGCUCCAGCACAUCUCUUGCAAGUUUGCUGGGGUGAUAUGGAAAGAUAUUCCCACAAAGAAAAGGGAAGUGGACACAGCUAAGUGGCAGAGCACAUGCUUUUGCAUGCACAGGUUCCUGGGUUCAAUCCUUGGUAUCUGCAGUCGAAAAAAGGAACUAGGUAGCUGGGGAUGUAGUUGGCUUCUCUCUUCCCAAGACUCUGGAGAGCUCUAAUCCAGCAGAAUAGGUAUUAUUAUGCUAGAUCAGGUGUGAGGAACCUUAGGCCCUCCAGAUGUUGCUGAACUGCAACUCCCAUCAUUCCUGGUAAUUGGCCAUGGUUGCUGGGUCUGAUGGGAAUUGUAGUUCAACAGUACCCAGAGGCCCAAAAAUUCCCCACCCCUGUGCUAGCUGAACAAUAUUCUGACUUGCAUUUCAAAAAAGAGGUGUUUAUUGGCUCCGCCUGAUGCUUCCUAGAGAGAGAGAAAAAAUGAAUGCAUUAGGAGGAAGUUUGGGAAGUGCUGUUUAAAGUAUACUUCAUACAAAUGUAAUGGUACAAUCCUGUAUUACUAGAGGGAGAAGCAGAAAGGCAGACAGGCAGACAGACACAUUAUAAACUUGCUGUGCUGAAGAAAAGGAAGGCUCGUUCAACAAUAUGGCUCUCCUGCAUUAGUGGCAAAUGCAAAAUGAUGCUUUACAUUGUUAUUGAAUGGUAAUUGAUUGGCUUGUUGUUCCUGCUGAGUCCCAAGCACUUGGAACGAAGUCCCAUUGAUUUUGGUGAGACUGACUUACUUCCCAAUGUAACUGAGAUAUAACAGUUCAGGGGCUGAAUCACGCUAAAUAUCUUUUCUGGGGCAGGGGAGCUUGCGAAGCCCAGCAGCCCCACACUUAAGAGCGGAACAUCUGGAGCCAUGGGAGCACUUCUCAUAGCUUCCCACAGCAAGUAGGUUAGCAUCAAAAAGAAUGCAGAGAAACAACAGGGCGUUCCAAAUUCAUUAAUCCACCACCACCUUAAUAAUACCGGCCUAAAUCUGUCCUAAAUUUCAUGGUCAGUGUAAUAUGCCGGUUUAUGAGGUUCCCCUGGUGGUAACCCAUGGAGGAGCCUUUUUGGUGUUGGCUCCGCAUCUGUGGGAUGGGUUCCUUAUUGAAGUGCAUCUUGCCCCAGCCUUACAUUCUUUUAAUUGCAAGGUAAAAAAAGAACACUAUUUUUGGUCCAGCUUUAAGAGGCUGCUGGGCUAAGUCGUUUCAGUGAUGCAAUGGAUUAUGUUAUUUAUCAUAAUUAUUUCCAUGUUUCUUUUUAUUGUGCAUUAUGUUUUUUAUCCUACCUUGUUUUUGUAAACCACUCUGUGACCAUUUUUGGUGAAGAGCGGUAUAGAAAUCUCCUAAUAAAAUAAAUAGAGCAAUAAAUAAAAUAGGAAGAAAACAGGGAUUUCAGGGAUGUAAGGAAGACGCUGCAGGAUCAGAACAAAGGCCUGUCUCAGGGAAGGUGAACCAGUAGUCUUCCAGAUGUUGUUGUACUACAAUUCCCAUCCAACUCCAACAUCUGGUGGGCUACAGGUUCUCCAUCUUUGUCCAGUCUAGUCCAGCAUCCUCUUUUCUUCCUUGACCAACCAGGUGCAUAUGGGAUGUCCGCAGGCAGGACAUUAAGGCGGUCCUGCUGUUUCCCAGCAACUGGUAUUCAGAGGAAUGCUGUCCCUGAUUCUGGAGUUAAUAAUCAGCCAUCUUUACUAAUAGCUAUGGAAUGUGAUUUACCAGGAAGAGAGGUUUCUAGAAAAUGUGGGACAAACAGGGAUUGUCCCUGUUAAAUAGGGACACUUGGAGCAUUUGCAAAUUAUCAGUAUAGCUUUAGUUACAUAAAGAUGAAAUCCUCCUCUCUGGUAUUUUCUUGUAAACCACAAAGCCAGCAUAUAAAAGACAUCCCCAGUGACUGCAAUCCUGGGGUGUGUGUUUUUUUGGGGGGUGGGGGGGAUACUUUGGAAGUUUGCCAAAGCCUGAUAAUCUUGUAGACACAAUGGAAUCUAUUUUUAUUUAAACAAGAAUCUUGGAACUAGGCAUGUGUGGACAAGGGUGACCACUUCUCUUAGGAACUUUCAUAAGGCUAGUCUUCUGCAACCACAUGACUGAUCAGCAGCAUUCACAGAUGCUCUCUUAAUGCUGCUUAAAAACUACCUGGCUGCUGAACUGGAGAGAUAGGGACCAGAGGUGGAAUCUCUCAUUGCAGCAGCCAAUAUGGGCAGAAGGGCAGGUUCUCUGCACAGCAGACGCACUCAGAUUGCACAGCCUUUUAGUGUGAAGUUCCUGGUGGUGACCAGGCUAUCAGAGGAAUGGCAAAUUUGAGUUGGAAAUAGUCGGAGCACAGUCAAUGGUAUGGAAAGAACAAGGGACCAUCAUCUGCCAGCUCUGGGAAAUCAUUUGAGGAGUUUUGCAGUGCGAAGGAAAAUGUGGCAUGCAAGGAAAUCUGUAAACUUACUGAAGUAUAGAGUCAGGCUAUAUGACUCCUACUUUAAAAGUUGGUAAUGCUUGACUGUGAGGUUAUUUUGGAUGCCUUUAACGUGGAUAUAUUUUUGUAUGGUUUUAAUUGCUGUUAGCUGCCCUGGGUUCCAGGAGGAUGAAAGGCAGGGUAUGAAAGCAAUACCUAAGCUAAUAAAUGCAAAAAUUAAAGAUGUUUGGGUUUUGAAUACUUUGGUGGUCGCUUCUGUCUUUAAAACACAUGACUCCUUUGAUCCUUUCAGGCAACACAAGGGUUCUCAGAGCACCAUGCCGCAUCACAUCUCGGGCUUCCAGGCUGCCUACAUCACCAUCGAGGUGCUGAUCGCCCUUGUCUCCAUACCUGGGAAUAUCCUGGUGAUCUGGGCCGUCAAGGUGAACCAGGCCCUGCGGGAUGCCACCUUCUACUUCAUCGUCUCCCUGGCCAUUGCAGAUGUAGCUGUGGGAGCCCUUGUCAUCCCGCUUGCCAUCAUCAUCAACAUUGGACCACAGAUACAUUUUUACAGCUGCCUGAUGGUGGCAUGUCCUGUCCUCAUCCUCACUGAGAGCUCCAUCCUGGCACUGCUGGCCAUUGCUGUGGAUCGCUACCUCAGAGUAAAGAUUCCAAUGCGGUAAGAGACACCCAUGCUGGAGGGAGAAAAUAUUGCCAGAGGCGGAGUUAGAUUUCUUUUGGGAGGGGGUGUCAUAUGGAAGUUCGUAUUGCACAGGGAGAAAUCUGUGCUUCUUCUGUGGAGUCUGGUGGCUUUGUCAGGAUUCUCAAAAUCUCAAGGGCUUCCCCCCCUUCUUCUUCUUUUUCUUGAACCUGGUCCAUUGAGGCAUUUGCCAGUGAAGCUGAUGCUUUGCCUGCCUUCAUUUGGGACCCUCGGUGGAUGUGCUGCUGCAAGCCGUCAGCUUCCACCUUGCUCUGACAAGUGAGAAUGUGUACACGGCAGCAAUGAUGUUGUUGUAAUGGUUUGUGGACUGAGUAAGUGCAAGGAGGCCCUGCUUAGUUGUUCCUUAGCCUGUGCUAAGAGAUAAAAGGGAUCUAAGCAACAUAACAGGUUGUAUUCCUUUAAAUUAUAUAGCAUACUCUACCUGCUUUGGGGUGGGGGGGAUGAUGAAGGAUGCAGGAGAAAAUUGACUCAGUUCACUUUUAAAGGUGAACUGACCUAUUUCACAGCUUCUGAAACAAUAUGCAAACUCAAACAGCUGUCCUUGGAAAUUCACGCUUCUCAAAAUUUUGCAGUUCCAACCAAACAAUGUUCGCAAAAAUGCAUUUACUAAAGUGUGCAUUGAAAUGCAUAUCUUCGUGAAAAUAACAUACAAAAUGCAUUAUAUUUGGGGAAAAUGUUUUGCAAAAAUGGAUACAGAAAUGUGUACAUACAUUAGGAUGAAUUUGAAAAAAAAAUUGCCGGUGAAUUUUCAUGAGGAAUUUAAAAGAAAAAUCACAAACUGAGGUGGAAAUGUGGACAACCGAGCUUAAGACUGGAAAAAUGAAAAACAGAAACUGAUGAAUUCACUCAUCCCUAAAAUGGACUGAAGUUACUCAUGUCUCUUAAUUUGAUGGGUCUGUUCUGAAUAGAACUGACAUUGAACACAACCCUAAGUAAGUAACCCAUGGGUGAGAAGUUGUCAACCCCAUAUUGCAGUCAUUAAUAAUUACUCAACUUGACACAAUGUCUCAUGUAUAGGACUGAGCUGAGGGUUGGCCCCAGGAUCUUUCCGGAGGCUGGUCCAUGAGGGCAAAUGGUAAAUGACCACAUCAACCUCAGCCUUCCCUCAGCUGCCUGUCUUCCUACUUACAAUCAGUCCAUGCAGUGCCACUACCUGUCAGCUUCCUUCCCCUUAGUCUCCGUGUUGCCCUUGUGGAUUCAGCAGAGAUGGGGGUGGGGCUUUAAUUAGUUGGCUCUGCCUGUCAUUGAUUCUGACUCCACCUAUGGGUGGUCUCCCUGCCUGCUGCCUGGCCAUUCCUGGUGGGCACCACCAGCCCCAUUGCAUUCUUCAUCACAUGUCUUUAAAGAUACAUUUCCUCUAUUUCAGAUCUUCAGGCUGUGAGUGCUGUUGUUUAUGUAGCCAGAACAGCUAUUGGGGAGGACAGGGUGAUAAUAGCCCCCAUGAGAAGCCCCCUCUGCGCUUCUCACAGAGAACCCAGGUUUGAGGGUGAAUAUUUCAAAUAACUCUUUGCUGAUUGUGCAGCGUACUACGUGUUUAAGAGUAAAUAAGAUAAUUAUCCUCACUUAUGUACACGUUAAUAACUAUUUGCGCUGACUGUGUACUUAACUUAUUACUAUCUUAGCCACUUUCCUUGGGGCUGGCAGAGGGCCCACCCCACAUAUACUUAAAGGUCACAUCAUCCCAAUAUGCCUGACUGAAUGGCCUGAGCAGGCUGGGAUUUGGGGCAUCAUUUUCCGUGGCAGCAGAAUUGCUGAUUGCCACGUCUCAGCCAGGUGACAGCACAGAACAGCAUGUGGAGCUGUUGGCUGUGCUGUGUUUCCACCCACACAGUUAGCGCAAUAUGCUCUAGCACCAGAUCUCAAAAUAGGAUUGAUUUUUUUUUAAAAAAAAGCAUUUGGCUUGCAACUCAGCCACAUAAGGGAUCUUUGCUCACCCCCUUCAUGAGGCUGAGAGUAAGGAAACCUUCCUCCUUGUGAAAGAGUAAGUCUAGCUGAGGCAAUUUGGCUAGCAGAAAUGUAAAAGCAACCUUUAAAUACCUUUAAAGUGCUGUGGCACCAAUUUUAACCAGUCAUGGCUUCCCCCAAAGAGUACCGGAAGCUGAAGUUUGUUAAGCUGAAAGUUGCUAGGGAUUGUUUGUUAAACCAAAAGGAGCAUCUCCACCCCCAUCGUUCUGCCCGGACACUGGGGUCCAGCUCCAAGGGCCUUCUGGAAGUUCCCUCACUGCGAGAAGCAAAGUUACAGGGAACCAGGCAGAGGGCCUUCUCAGUAGUGGCUCCUGCCCUGUGGAAUGCCCUUCCAUCAGAUGUCAAGGGAAUAAACAACUAUCUGACGUUUAGGAAACAUCUGAAGGCAGCCCUGUUUAGGGAUGUUUUUUAAUGACUGAUGUUUUAAUGUAUUUUUAAUCUCCUGUUGGAAGCUGCCCAGAGUGGCUGGGGAAAGCCAGCCAAAUGGGUGGGGUAUGUAAUAAAAUAAUAAUAAUAAUAAUAAUAAUAAUUAUUAUUAUUAUUAUUAUUAUUAACCAUCUUGUGAGACGCAUAGGGGCCUCCCAAUAACUGCAAACUACAGCUCCCAUAAUUAUUUGGAGAGAAGCCAUGACUGGUUAAAGUGGUAUUAUGGCAUUUUCAAGGUAUGUUGUGAAUGUGGCUUGAAGUUGCCUAUCAGUAGACAAAGCAGGCAUAUGGGCAUAGCUGUCAACCUUCCCUUUUUUUGUGGGAAAUUCCCUUAUUCCAGCACCAUUUCCCGCUGCUUCCUGCUGCUAUCCCGGAUUGUUAGAUAUCUCGUAGACUGUCCCCGGGACAGGUGAGGCUGCUGAUCCCUUAUUUUCAAAUCUGAAAGUUGACAGCUAUGCAUAUGGGUCACCUGUCCACAGCCUUCCCCACUAUGAUGAAAUGUGCUGCAUUUCUUUUUAAAUUAUAGUAAUAAUUCCUAAAUGUCUAUCUACACAUAUAAAUUAGCACAGGCAGGUUCAUGCAAAACUGUGUCCUCAUUUAGUCCUCUUUUUUAGACCCUGUAUUUCCUAUUUGUGGUAUUGUGUUUGUGGCCCCCACCUUAAGGAUGGUGCACAUUUGUAUGAACCAGUGAUAAAGUGCAUUCAGGAGAGCUAUUUGUCUUCUGGUCCCUCUGCUGUACUUUGGCAUUAGUAGCAACAGAAUAAUUAACAGUUCAGCUGGUAGCCGUAUGAGGAAUAUUCUCCACGGCCAGGAGGAAGGCAGCCAGUGGUGUAGAAGCAUUGCAUAGGGACACUCAUUCCCUUUCUCUCCUUGUUCUAAGCAAAUAACUCUCUCCAACAUCUCUGUUGGCUUCAGGCUGAUUCAACACUUUUGCAUUGCUCUUGGAUGGUAAAUUGAAUUGUUAGCUCAAGUGCAAGGCUGAAUUGCACUGUAUAGUACAUGUAGAAGUGCUUGUAGCUCAUUGGUAGAGCAUGUACCUUGCAUGUAGAAAUCCCCAGAUUCAACCCCCAGAAUCUUCAGGUAGAGCUGGGAGAGAACUCUCUCUGAAACUUUGGAGGUAACUUUGAAGCAGCGGCAUAGCGUGGGUUGUCAGCACCCGGGGCAAGGCAAGUAAUUUGCACCCCCUAACCCGGGGCAAGGCAAGUAAUUUGCGCCCCCUAACCCCUAACCUGCCGCCGCUGCCAGCUUCUUCUUGCUGCUGCCUGGUCUGGUCUGGUGUGGUUCUCUCCCGCGCUCAGCGCUGCGCUGGGCGGCCGCUGCGCUGUCCCUCCCCCAGAUAGUCCCUUGCUCUCUCUCCGCACCGCACGCCUGGCACCCACCACCUCCACAGUGGGCAGUGACCCAGCGGCUCGGAUCGGAUUUGCACAGCCAGCACUGCAGUGAGAGAGAGUGAGUGAGCUAGGUAGGGGCAGAGAGCUGCGAGCGCGAGCGCCCCCCCCAGAUGUUGCGCCCGGUGCGGCCGGCCCCCCUGCACCCCCCACGCUACGCCACUGCUUUGAAGAUAACACUGAGCUAGAUAGACUAAUGGUCAUCUGACUUGGGAUAAGUAAGCUUUCUAUGUGUUGAACACAUUUAGAAGCUUUCUAUGUUUUUGACACAUUUAGAACUCUCUCUCUCUCUCUCUCUCUCUCUCUCUCUCUCCCCCUCUCCCUCUCCCUCUCCAACUUUUCAAUCUUUUUGCAGUAAAAAAUAUCCUCUUGAUUAGGACCCCCUACUGUGUACUGAUGAGACGCGGGUGGUGCUGUGGGUUAAACCACAGAGCCUAGGACUUGCCGAUCAGAAGGUCGGCGGUUCGAAUCCCUGCGACGGGGUGAGCUCCCGUUGCUCGGUCCCUGCUCUUGCCCACCUAGCAGUUCAAAAGCACGUCAAAGUGCAAGUAGAUAAAUAGGUACCGCUCCGGCGGGAAGGUAAACAGCGUUUCCAUGUGCUGCUCUGGUUCGCCAGAAGCGGCUUAGUCAUGCUGUUGACAUGACCUGGAAGCUGUAUGCCGGCUCCCUCGGCCAAUAAAGCGAGAUGAGCGCCGCACCCCCAGAGUCGGUCACGACCAGACCUAAUGGUCAGGGGUCCCUUUAUCUUUAUCUUUACUCUGUACUGACCUUUUUGUAGCUGGGAUGUUGGCUCCCAAAAGUACAGCUGCUCCCUAAAUGAUAGAGUCUGGCAUGGAGCAAAGCUGGUUCAAGGAGGAAGAAUAGCUGUAUUAUAGGAAUCUAGUUGUAAAACAGUAAAUUCUGGGUUGGGGAUUCCUGUUGGAAAUAAAAGGUUCUGAGAUUAACAGAUCAGGAUGAGUGGUUCGGUCUGCUUUCCCCCAGAACAUAAUCCCCAACUGCAGUCAAGGAUACAGUCAUACAGAUGCAUGCAGAGUUUUAAAAACUGUAUCGUCAGUAUGUCUCUGCAGUAGACUGGCGGAGAGCGUUUGGAGGGAAUGGGGAGAGGUGGGCUCCCUGAACGGGGACCCCACAGAAAUGGCUGCAAGCUGGGAGAGGGCAGGUAGAGAAUACUGCAAACACACUGUCUCCUUGCCCAUAGGCUGAUGGCAGGGUCCAAACAGAUAAAUGCCAGGAAGAGCUUCCCUGCAGGCUCUUGCGAUCCAGGCAGCGGGAUGGCUGCAGCUGCGGCACACUGGGAGCCCAGCUGCGAUCGGAUUCUGGAAUGCGUGAGCAGCAGCAUUGUGGAAAUUUAUGCUGAGGCAUUCUCUGCUCGGAGACACAGCACAACCCUUCAGCGCGUGCCGAGCCGAAACCUGUCUGUCUGCUAUAGUCCUGUGGGAGUCCUGAUUGACAGCAUAAAGACAGAAGCAAGCCCUGGGCGGUAGCAGGCAGUGCAGAAGGGGCACGCCCGUUGUCUGCCCACAUGGAUGCAGUUUAAUAUCUUAUCGGUAGGCUGUGCAGAAUUCAGAACCAGAGAAGAGAGGGCAGGUGGUGGCCUUUGCUAUAGCCAUGGAACCUGUAAAGCAAGAUUGCUUCUCUGAUUGGAUGUAGAAGCAUGAAGGGCAUUUUCCAGUGCUUCUGCUUGGCUAGGUCACGGAAAGGACAAGCGCCGCUAAACCUCCUUGUUUUGUCUCAGUUGUAGGCAGAGUCCCCUCUUUAAUUCUUUGGUCUGGUUAUCAGCUGCAAACACACUGGGCCCUGCUUGCAGCCUGCCUUCUUGUUUGCAAAGUGCGGGCGUCACGGGUGGUGUUCUGGCACGGGAAGGUAGGGCUGAUUUUCUGGUGUGACUGGUUGCUGGAGCCACCGGGUCCCCGGAGCAGAGCAGGCAGCGUGAGUGGCAGUGACUCAUCUCCAGACAGGUUUGCUGCCUGAGGCAAUAGAGCCUGCCCAGCUUCUGGAACUUGGCUGACUGAGCCUUGCUCUGAAUUUCAUGACUCACAAACGAAGGUGGUCUCCUUGUACUCAGGUUUUUACGGGAAUAUUUAUUUUUUCUGUACAUGAUGACCUUUAAGCACAGGCUGGAGAUUAACCCCCAUUGUUGGCAGAGACAGAUACAGGGCUUGUCCACACUUAACUUUCCCCCACUCUUUCCAGGCACCGCCUGCGCUUCAAAGCUCUGUGUCCAGAGCUUUCCCUGCAAAAAAACCAGCACUAUUUAUUUAUUUAAUAUACUUCCCUAUACCCAUAAGUCUCAGGGGAGUUCACAGACAAUGGCGGAGGAACAGGGGUGCGGGGGGAGUGCACCGCACCCAGCGGCACAAUCCCAGUGGGGUGCCAUCGCGACUGCCCCUCCCCCGCAUGCUGGGUGCCAGGCCCCCAGGAUGCACGCUACGCCCCUGGGACACGCGCCAGCCCCGGCCCCGCCUGCUCUUGCCCCCCGCCGGAACUUGAAGUUCCGCCACUGUUCACACAAUAAAAUCGCAAGAUAUAUAUAUAUUUUUCUAUUUUUUUAAUUGAUUUUCAAAAAUUCAAAACAAACAAACAUACAUACAUACAUCCUGUUUAAAUCUUGGUAACAUUAAUAAGUGACUUCCUCAAAUCCCCUUGGUUGAAUUUCAUUAUAUAUCGUUUCGACACUUUUCCAAAACCGAUUUUCUCAAAAAAUUAACUUGAUCACUUAACAUAUUUCAUUCUUUCUAAUUUGACUUUAAACAUCUUAUCCUUACAUAUUUGAAUCCUAAGCCUAUCUAUUAUUUGCAAGCUUUUCCAAUUAAGUUACCUUAACAUAUUUAGCUAAAUAGUCUUUAAAUUUCAUUCAUUCUUUCUGAUACUCCUCCUCCUUCUGGUCGCGGACUCUUCCAGUCAGGUCGGCCAGCUCUGAAAAAUCCACCAUCUUCAUCUGCCAAUAAAAUCGCAAUAUAAAAACACAGCACUAUGGGUGGUUUUCCACAGCAAUGGUGGUGCCAAACAUAAGGUGGGAAGAAGAAUAACGUCAGAAGGAAGUGCUAUCAAAUGGAUUGGCCCUGCUCUUGUUAUGGUAGUGCCCAUAGUCCUGCUAGUCUUUUUGCACUAGCAGCAAUCAUGGGAAGUGACAGUCACUGUAGGAUUGUAUACCAAAGCCUUCUAACUUCCUGUGCUCACCACUUGAAAAAAGAACUCAUUGUGCCCACUGCAAUGGGAGUUUUGCAGGUGUAUUCUGCAACAUGCCAUUGAUGCAAUAUUAGUGCAUUGGUGGUGGAGUCACAUUGGACCAUCCACACAUCAUUCUGCUUUAUUAGUUGUUCUGUGAUGCUUCCCCGGUCUUACUGCAUCAUUGCAGUCAGAAGGGGCACUCUUGCACUAUGGCACUACAAGAGCAGGACACACACAACUCCUAACCUUUGUGGUGUGGAAAACUACAGGAGUUCAGCAGGAAUUUGUGGGAUGUGCACCAACUGGAAACAAAGCAGUAUGUCCACCCUGAAACUUUUGCAGAAGCAAACAGUCAGUUUAGAUAAAACUGAGGUAAAUUGACCAAGUAUGAGGCAGACUCCAGUGUUUCCUCAUGGCGAAAUGCUGCUUGAUCAAAUUAUGUAAAUGAACAGUUGAACGAGUGAAACCAACCACCUGUCUACUUGAUCCUUGCCCAUGCUGGCUAAUAAAAACGAACCAGGAAGGUCUGGACAAUGGGCUCUGCAGGGUGGUGAAUGCUUCCCUCUGUGAGGGAGUCUUCCCAGCCCUGCUGAAAGAGGCAGUCAUUAAACCGCUUCUUAAAAAAAAUAUCUUUGGACCCGGCAGAUAUGGCCAGCUAUCGCCCAGUCUCAAAUCUUCCAUUCUUGGGCAAGGUGAUUGAGUGGGUGGUUGCUGAACAACUACAAGCACGCCUGGAUGUUGCAGACCAUUUGGAUCCCUUCGAGUCGGGAUUCAGGCCUCAACAUGGGACUGAAACUGCCUUGGUCCUGCUGGUCAGUGAUCUCCGGCAGGCUAGGGACAAAGGUGAAAGCUGUUUCCUAGUUCUGCUGGAUCUCUCAGCGGUCUUUGACACCAUUGAUCAUGACAUCCUUCUGGACCGUCUAGAGGAGCUGGGAGCUGGGGGCACUGUUAUACAGUCUACCACAGGCAUAGGCAAACUCUGGCCCUCCAGAUGUUUGGGACUACAAUUCCCAUCAUCCCUGAUCACUGGUCCUGUUAGCUAGGGAUGAUGGGCAUUGUAGUCCGAAACAUCUGGAGGGCCGGAGCUUGCCUAUGCCUGGUCUACCAGCUCCAUCUGGUAUGCAGGCUGAGACCUGCAUACUGUCUUGCCAGAGUGGUGCAUGCUCUAGUUAUCUCCCACUUGGAUUACUGCAAUGCGCUCUACAUGGGGCUAUCUUUGAAGGUGACUCGGAAAUGUGGCAGCUAGACUGGUGACUGGGAGUGGCCACCAAGACCAUAUAACACCAGCCCUGAAAGACCUACAUUGGCUCCCAGUACGUUUCCGAGCACAAUUCAAAGUGCUGGUGCUGACCUUUAAAGCCCUCAACAGCCUCAGCCCAGUAUACCUGAAGGAGUGUCUCCACCCCCAUCAUUCACCGUUGUCCAGCUCUGAGAGCCUUCUGGCAGUUCCCUCACUGUGAGAAGUGAGGUUACAGGGAACCAGGCAGAGGGCCUUCUUGGUAGUGGCAUCAGCCCUGUGGAAUUCCUUCCCAUCAGAUGUCAAGGAAAUAAACAACUAUCCUACUUUUAGAAGCCUUCUGAAGGCAGCCCUGUUUAGGGAAGUUUCUAAUGUUUGAAGUUUAAUUCUGUUUUUAAUGUUCUGUUGAAAGCUGCCUAGAGUGGUUGGGGAAACCCAGCCAGAUGGGCAGGGUAGAAAUAAUUUGUUGUUGUUGUUGUUGUUGUUGUUGUGUGACCUCCCUGCAACUUCUUUGGGUGCAUUUGUUGCUUUGAUUCCAGUUCCACCUCUCCCCCCCCUUGCAGACCUAAAUGAAGUGAUCCCAGUGUUGGAAUGUCUGUGUGAGAGAGCAGGCUAUUUGCAGUACAAACCUUAUCUGCAGCUCUCAGACAAGGAUGCUGAUAGCCAGGGGUUUGCUUAUUUCUGCCCUUGCUUUAUUUGCCACGCUAGAAGAUUAUAUGUACAAAGCAAAAACAGAGAAGAUUCAUCCACUCAGCAAAGGAGAAUGCGGUUCAAACUGGAGAUUACAUGCUCUUUCUGCCACGGAACCACACAUCAAACGUGAAGGGGCUCUUGGACUUCCACGGUUAUUAUUUUUUGCAAACUUAAUUUUUGUAGCAUGUGAAAUGUUGAAUGCUAGCAAUGACGAGGUUUUUCAUACUCAUAGAAUCAUAGAAUUGUAGAACUGUGGAGUUGAAAGGGACCCCUGAGCUGACCCUCUGAUUCAACCCUCUGCAAUGGGGACCUGAACGAUUUAAACAACUGUGUAAUCUAAUGUUAUGUACUGAGUUGAAUAGGAUCCAAAAGGCAGCAGUCUGAUUGGUCCUAGAACAAUAGGAUCCAAAAUGCAGCAGUCUGAUUGGUUCUAGAACAAUAGGAUUCAGAAUGCAGCAGUCUGAUUGGUCCUAGAACAAUGCAGAAGUAUGAUUGGUCCGAAGGAGCCACCCAAUCCAGCUCCAGGUGGAAGUGAAUCCACAACCUGAUUGGCCUAAGGAGAAUCCCGGAAUUAGCCAAUCACGUGCAGCCCAUUGUGUAAAUAAUGUAUAUAAAGCAGAUAUUUUGGGGGAACUUUCAUUCCUUACUACUAUGAGCUGAAUAAAGAGCAUGAAAUCCACACUCGAUUCCGAGUAUAUUUCAUCUAACAAAUAGGUUUCCGCAACAAAACGAGAAGAAGCUUGACUAUUGUAGUCAGAGAAGCUCUAAAUCUGCCUUUCCCAACCUGCUGCCCUCUGGGUGAUUUGAACUAUAAUUCUCAUCAUCCCUGACUAUUUGCUAUGAAGACCAGGGCUGAUGGGAGUUGUAGUCAAAAUAUUUGGUGAGCACCAAGUUGCUCCAAAUCUCUCCCACCACCUCAAAGCAAUUUAAUGUUUCCAUCACCAACUAGACCUAGUCUUGAAGCCUCUGCAGUGUCAUGUUAUUUGCAGGCUUUACAAAGACAAUGCGCAUGUGCAGUGGAGCGCAUGCACAGUAACUGUUGGAACCAAAGCAGCAAGAGCAGCAGGAAGAGAGGCAGUGCAUCCGUGGUUGUGGUACCACCAGACCCCUGUCACCAUCUUACAAAACUAACAGUGGUGUGUAGGUGGGGUAGAUGUUCAAACCCCCACGGACAAUAACACAUGGUAUUUAUAUGGGAAUCAAAACACACAUUAAUGUAACAUUAGUGAUGAAUGCAGUUGGAUCUAGUGAUCUCCUAAACCUAUUCCUACCCAGCUGAUUUUAGCUACUCUCCACCCUCUUCCUCUUCCACCUAUCAAAUAGCUAACUUUCCACUCACAUCAUUGCACAUUUGGUGGGGGGAAAGCAAAGAAAAACUUUCAGAAAGUUUCUGCUUUAAUUCAGACUGCAAGCAAUUGGCUGUACUAGCACUGCAAACAACAACAACACCAAUUUGCUUUUCUGUCUGCCUGAUGUUCCCUUUCAAAUCAUUUUUGUUUUGUUUCUUAUUCUUUGGGAUUGUUUCUGAUUCUUCUCUCAAGCCAGGAUGUCAUGUCCAUUUGGACUCGUCUGCUUGAAAUGAAAGGUGGAGAUCAAGGUGGGAACGACGGCCUUUAAAAUCUAGCCCAUAGCAAAUAAACACUCAAGUUUGCACAGAAUAGCUGUCUUCCUGCGAAGACAAAUAAUAAUACUGGCUCCAGCUGGCUUUUGUUUGAUGUAAAUGAAGAGAGAAGCGGAGUGAAGCCGCCACCAGCGGCAUGGCCUUUGCUUGGUAUUUGGCAGAUUGCAACACACAGCUGGUGAGCAGCUGCCGGCCCAGGCAGAUGUGCUGCUUCUCCUAGGAAAUAGCAAAAGAGGGUUCACAUUUGCAGCCACAAGGGCCAGUCCGUGGCCUUCCUCUCUGGAUGGUCAUAGAUGAGUUGUAAAUUGCAGACACCUCCAGACAGUCAGGAUUUUGCGGGAGGUUCAAACACAUCCCGGGAAAUUUUGGUUCGUGCAAUUAAAAUGGAUUAAGUCACUCUGUUGCCCUAGCAUGGGGUGGGAAAUCAGGCCCAGCUGGCGGGCUGCAACCUGGGUUCACCCACCCUUGGUGGGGCCAUUUUGACAGGUGGCUAUGGCCUUGAGACCCACUUCAAGACCAACUUUCUGCAGGACCUGGUGUGGUGUGGUGAACUUCCUGGGGGACUCUGUAGUGCAAUCAAUGCAAUGCGCUCGAAGCCUCUGGCUAUCUGCUCCUAGGUAGUGACUUCAAGACCUGCUUUCUGCUGAGAUAGGCUGCAGUGUCCAGUAGCAAAGAUGCCCUAGCAGGCUUGCUCUUGCUGCCAAUCAUCUGGCUGGCAGUAGCAUCAAACUUCCCUUGCCAAUGAACAAUCGAGACCACACUUCAAAGAACCUGGUUGUACACUGGCAACCAACUCUCUACCUGCCCCAGACCUGGCAUCAUAUAUGGGCAGGUGGCUGUGGUUUUGGGAAAAAGCCUUGAAGGCCAAUUUGGGACCCUAAUUCGGCCCAUGGGCAGGAGGUGUCUUCCCCCUGCCCAUGCGUGACAAAUCCAUAUUUUUAUUUUUGGGUAGGUUUUACAGUGAUGGGGGAAAGUAUCGAAAAGCAGCAUGAACGAUGCCCAGCCAGAAGAUAUACAAACACUCCACAAGCAAAUCAGGAUGAAUGUAGGUUGUGUGUUCAUAAGCUGCAUAUAUAACCUCCCCUGAAAGAAACCAGAAUGAAGGCUCAAUAAAGACCAGAUAUAAGUUUCAUGCAUGCAAACCAGGAUGAAGGCUUUAUGCUCAGCCUUGCUGGACUUCAGUUCAGAAGCAGCAGACAAUCGUAUCAAGUAGGACCCCAGUUAGAGUAAGGACUCCUGGCUUUGAUGCCAACUGUUAAUUUUUUUCAACUCCCCCAGCUCAGGUAAUGCACUCUUGCCAGGGAUGCACUGCAACAUUUUGUUAAGUGAACCCCUGUAGUACACUAAGAGCAAACUCAGUUCUGUGACUGCUACUCUUCAUGGGCUGUUAUAGCAGCAUGGGGAUAUUACCAAGUUUAGGGAACUCCACAUUGUAUAGAAGUACAUGCAGUCAUUAGAAGAUUAGCUAAAGGACAGGGAAACAGUCAAUGGGGGCUGAGAAUAUUUCAGUGGGCAUGAAAUGCUGAUUGACUGUUGGGGGACAAAAAGAGAAAACUGGGAAGGGGUGUGUGAAUGGAAGAGCAUAUGGCUGGAACUCUGAACAGGAUCGUUCCACAUAGCAACAGUUUGUGGAAUUCGUUCUCUCUUAGUUCUGAGCAUGGAAGCUUAUGAAUGAAGGGUUAUGAAUGGAGAUUUCCUACCAUUGUAUAAAAGCACCUAUUUAACGCAAUGAUGAAUGAGCUCUCUCUCUCUCUUUCUCUAAUCUAUAGCUGUACUCUUCCAGAACAGAUGCAGUGCUGCUGACUGAGUGCGUGAGCCACGAGAAAUAUACAAAAGUGUUUGGAGAUGAAGGAUUGUCAAGGAUAAGGAACCCCCUCCCCUGAUUGCCUGCCCACUAGUCUUCCUGUAGCUCUAGAGUGAAAACAGGAGGAAACGUUGUCUCCUUGCCUGCCUCUGUGUUAAGGCUAAACAUCGUCAUGCCUGCAGGGAAGCUACAGGGGAUCUCAUUGUCUGAAAGGAAACCAAGGAGCAGAUUUAAAAAAUGUAUUUCUUGUUUGAGAUAGUGAACAAUAAAGUAUGCUGUGAGACUCUGUCCUGGGAAUAAAAUGGAGGCUUGGAAUAUCACUCCCAGUCCCAACAUCAGGAAACAUGUGGAUUAAUGCAGGUCAGAGAUAUGACUAAUAGUGUUUUGAAGUCUGCAAAAUGUGUGUGUUUUUCUAUAUAUCUAUAUGACGGAUAGAUAGCUAGAUAGAGCUGAUGAGAACUGCAUGUCUGAGCAGUUCAGUCCAAAAGAGAGACAUGAUUUCUCCCUGAGUAUUGAUGACCAUAUGAAAGAGGCACUGCUGUUGGGCACACCCAGUCUACUGUUGCCUUUGGUAAGCAUAUAUUGGGUUUUGUUCUGUUUCCAAGCCCCACAAAAGCUUUUUGGCCUAAGGACAAUCUCCCUCUUGUUUCAAGAAAAUAUUCAUCCUCUGCUAAAAUUGAAAAACCUGUGAAUUUUGGGGGAAGAGGCUUGCUUCUUACUGUACUAAAAUCUUACAAGGUUGCUGAGGGGUUUACCUCAGUGAUCGCUUCCAAGGCAUUCCAGGAACUGCAGCCAGCAGGAAACCACUUAGAGACACAUGAGCAGGCCUAAGUCCUAUCUAGACCUUCACCAUAUUGUCAAGGAGGCCAACUAAAUGCCUAUGGGAAGCCUGCAGGUGCAACAGGACUCUACCGUCCAGUGAUUACCAGCAAUUGAUAUGCAGAGGUAUACCAAUCUCUGAUACACAGCCAUCACGGUUAAAAAAUAAAUAAAUUUCAGUUCAGCUCUACUUUGUCCAGUGACAACAAGGCAGACAAAUGAAAUGUGUGUGCAAUAAGACUUUCAACUUUCUUAAAAGCUAUUGUCUGUCUUCAGCCCCAGUGGGCUUUAGGAGCUGCCAACCCAUCAAUGCAGUUUCCAUAAAAUGCAAAUCUGGGUGCUAAUCAUGCAAAUAAAGUAACUUAAAUUAGGGAGCUUAAUUUGUGUAAUCUCAUGCAGGUGCUUCAUCCCUGCUUCCACCAAUUAUCUGAGUGCCAGGUUUGGAGCCCCCAAAAUUACUUUUGAGUCCCUAAACUCGGCUGAGCUCAUUGUCCUUCCACAACCAAAUUCAUUCCUGAUUAACCUAAGCUUUCUUCGUUUUAGGAUUAUAAUGGGGGUUCGAGGCAAUGGAGUUGUUGUUGCUAGUAAGAAAUCCUUGUUGAAAUGCUUCAAACAUCCUGAGAUCUAUGGAUAGAUCCUGAUUUUUGCUUCUCCCCUUCCCUUUUUGCAAACCCCUUAGAAAAGUCCAUUGGAAUAAAAGCAGAUUUUAAAUAAAGAUGAGUGAAUCUGCCGAUUUUGGUCUCCACAUUUCCACAGCAAUUUUCUCGUGAUAAUUUGCCAGCAUUUUAGUGCAAAUUUCUCUUAAUACUUUUUCAGAUUUUCAGAACAUACCCAUUUUUGCAAAUGUAUUUAUAAUGUUAUUUUAACACUGGGCACGUCUUUAAUUCAAAAGCAGGAAUUUGCCAGGCUGGUUUCACAAUGGGAUAUCUAAGGGUGGUUUUCAUGGAAGAGGCUUAACGCAGUUUUUGCAUAAUCCAGUUUGUAAUAUGAAUGUAAAAGCAUCCUUUUACCUCUGAGAGUACAUUUGAAUGGCAAAAUGCCUCCUUGUACAUCAACCAGCAUUCCCCAACCUGGUGCUCUCCAGGUCUUCUUGGGCUCCCUCAAUCAGACAGCAUGGUCAGCAUUAGAGAAUGAUGGGAAUUGUAGUCCAUAAGUUUUGGAGAGUAAUGUCAGGGCUGGCACAAGACAUUGUGCCACCCAAGGCACAUGCCACAGCUGCUCCUCUGCCCCUCUCUAACCUCCUCUGGCUUGCUUGGGCAUUGCUUUAUCACUACAAAUGUGGCUGCACAACAGGAUCUGUCCCUUUGCCUCCAGAACUUUUGCACUCACCCUUUGACUGAAAAUGCAGAUUGCAUCACUGUUAUCUGGAGCAAACCUUGGGAGAAAGUUGUGAUUUCAGCCCAGUGGAAAACAGCAAACAUAGAGCUUAUCUUCAGACCAGAGACGCAGAAGGACAUGUUGUUCUUUGCCGUGUGCCCUGAUAUCGAAAGGAGAUAUAGAUGUUUAGAAAUAAAUAAGGAAGGAAGUCAUAAUAAACUUCAUCUUUAGUUCUAUUCCUGAUAAGUUGCUAAACCAGGGCACAAAACAAAUCAUCCUUCAAUGUUUUGUUUCUCAUGUUCUUUUGUUAAUGGCUUCCAUGGAUCAGUGACUUAGUGGGGUCUUCCUCACUAGGUAUUUAUUGUCAAGUAGAAGCUGUGCAGCCAUAUGUUGCAGAUGCUCUAGGUUUUCUGCAUCAAGUGGGGGUUUGAUUAGAUCUGGGGUAACCAAUGGGCAUCCCUCCAGAUGUUUUGGACUACGAGUCCACACCUAGAAUGCUGUGUCCAGUUCUGGGCACCACAAUUUAAGAAGGGCGUUAAGAAGCUGGAACUUAUGUGGAGGCAGGCAACCAAGAUGAUCAAGGGUCUGGAAACUAAGCCUUAUGAGGAAUGGUUGAGGGAGUUGGGUCUGUUUAGCUUGGAAAAGAGGAGACGGAGAGGAGAUAUGAUAGCCAUUUUCAAAUAUCUAAAGGACUGUCACAUGGGAAAUGGCGCAAGCUUGUUUUCUCCUGCUCUGGAGGGUGGGAUUCAAACCAAUGGAUUCAAGAUACAAGAAAGGAGAUUCCAACUAGAAAACCAGGAAGAACUUUCUGACAGUAAGAGCUGUUCAGCAGUGGAAUGGACUCCCUAGGGAGGUUGGAGGUUUUUAAGCAGGUGUUGGCUGACCAUCUGUCAUGGAUGCUUUAAUUGAGAUUCCUUUAUUGCAUGAGUUGGACAAGAUGACCCUCGGGAUCCCUUCCAACUCUGCCAUUUUAUGAUUCUAUGAAAGCAUUUAGCUCUGGUCCUCCAUCAUUAAUUAAUUAAUUAAUGAAAAGAUCCUUUAUGACUGAUCUGUCUAGCUAGCUCAUAAUCAGAGGGAAGGAUUUUAUUUGGAAAGCAAAUCCCUCCCACCCCAAAAUCAAUUUUAAAGGUGCCCAUUACAAAAGCUGCUGGACCUAUUUGUAUGCAGUUUGGCAGGUUUCUUACCUGGGGGCACCUCUUUCAUGUCUGUGAUUUUCAGACCAAUUGCCAACAAAACACUGCGGGAAAUAAAUCUGAUUUCUACCCUUGAAACUGUGAUGGUUGCCCUUGUAGGAAAACCACUGUAGCUCUCUAUCUGAAAACUGGCAGUAUUCAUUCCCUCAGAAGAGACAAUCUUGCUUGUAAAUCCUAUCAAAUUCUAUCACCCCCAAAACCAAAUAAAAAUAAAACUUUAUAGGUGUCCAGAACAAAAAUACCUGGAGCUAUCUACCUGCAAUGUGCCAGGCCUAAUCCAUUCUGGAGGGCCUACUAUUUCAUCCAGUUCUGCCAAAAGGGGAAAAAAGUUAUAGCCGCUUUUUGAUUUCCCAAUAGGGAAGUGCAGGGGACAGAAAGCAGACUCCAACUACUAGAACAAAUUGGGCAGCCUCCAUAUUGGCCUGAGCCUAACUGGGUUGUUUAAUGAAGUGUCCGUUGGAGUCUGAACUGAAUCUUGUGGUCAAGGCAUACCCUGCUACUGUGUAACAUGCCCAGGGCUAUCAUUGGCUGCUCUGCCUCAGGCAACAAAAUAUCUUGAGAUGUUCCUGUGAACUGGCCCCAAAGGCAGUAGAUAAGAAUUUCCAAGUCUAGGAAUCACCUGCCCUAUGGGAUUCUGCUUCUGCUGCUAUGUUCUCUUGCAGGUGGUUGUUUUUAAUCCAUACAGGACACCAUUUCUCACGUUCAAAACAUGGCACCUAUUAAUAGUGACCAAAUAGCAUUUCAAAACAGGUACAAAAAGCUGAUUCACCAACAACUAAAUUAAUUAAGCUGUAGCUUAAUUAUAUAGCACAGUAGCAUGUGAGGGCAGGGUUGCACUGCUGCUGUGUUCCAGGAUGAGGAUGGGGCGAGACGAAGGGCUUGUCCACAUUUGUCUCAUGCCUUCCAGGGCUGGAUUUAGGUUUGAUAAGGCUCUAAGCUACUGAAGGUAAUGGGGCCCUUUAUAUGUGCAGCUGUCCUUUGUCAACAACAAAUUGUUGAUUUUUUUGUGUUGAAUAUAUGCUAUAUGGUAAUUUAUGGACCUAAUAGGUAUCUAAAGCCAUUUGCACAUAACAAAAUAUGUAUUUUAUCAAAGCAAUUGUUGAACUGAAAUACAAUUAAGAAGAACUAUAUUAAUAGUGAAAUACAAUUAAGAAGUAUAUUUGGGGAUGGAGCAAGAGAGUGGGGUCCUAAGCUAUAGCUUGUUUGUAAAGGUAAAGGUACUCCUGACCAGUACGUCCAGUUGCGGAUGACUCUGGGGUUGCGUGCUCAUCUCGCUCUAUAGGCCAAGAGAGAUGGCGUUUGUCCGCAGACAGCUUCCAGGUCAUGUGGCCAGCAUGACUAAGCUGCUUCUGGAGAACCAGAGCAGCGCACAGCAACGCCAUUUACCUUCCCACCGGAGCAGUACUUAUUUAUCUACUUGCACUUGACAUGCUUUUUAACUGCUGGGUGGGCAGGAGCUGGGACUGAAAAACGGGAGCUCACCCCGUUGUGGGGAUUCGAACUGCUGACUUUCUGAUUGGCAAGCCCUAGGCUCUGUGGUUUAGACCACAGCGCCACCCUUAUACGUAACUCUGGUACUGCAUUGAUCUGAGAGGUUUUCUGCUCGCCCUGUGCUUUCUAGGCAUGGGUAAGAGGGGUUUCUCUUUGCCCUGCCGGUUUCCCCAGGAGAACUUGCUCUUUGAAUCGGAGCAAAUGUUGUUGUUGUUGUUUAGUCGUUUAGUCGUGUCUGACUCUUCGUGACCCCAUGGACCAGAGCACGCCAGGCACUUCUGUCUUCCACUGCCUCCCGCAAAUGUCAAUCUGCAAAAAAACCCUGAUUGCUGUUUGCUCCAAAUCAGCAGUAAAGUGUGGGUUUUCCUGGGAGAAAGCAGCGGGAAAAGUGGAUGAGCCUGAAGAAGUUGCAAGUUCAGGGGAGCUCCGGGUUACUGUGCUCCUGUGGGAUGCUACUGCCACAAACCUGAGGUCUCCCAGCCUCACCACUGUUUCACUUAGCUCCAUCUCUGCAAGUGAGAAUGCCGCUCUGCUUACUUCUGCUCAUGCACCACUGCUGGAACACAUAGCCAACAGCUACAAGUUCAACCCUGGGCAUCCCUACAUAGGGCUAGGAAGGACUCCUGGAGUGCCACUGCCAUUCAUUGCAAAUAAUACAGAGCAAGAUGGAUCAAUGGCCUGGCUCCAUACAGGGCAACUUCCUAUGUUCUAAUAAGCUCCAUUUCAGACAGAACGCCUAUGUUUGCAGUCCAUGGAUAUACACACACCUCUGCAAAGUUAAAAAACAACAAACCUUCUUUCCUGAUUAUCUGUUCAAGAGGCAUGCAUGAAACCAGCUUGGAAAGUGACAUGGUAGUUUAAAAAGCAGAAUCACAACUGGGAUGUCUCAUGGAUAAAUUUCUUAUAAUUGGGUCAGACACGGCUGUAAAUUUACUAGGAAAUGGACACUGGAAAUGCAAUAACGAAAGAGAGCUUGGUGCAAAUCUCUGCAGUUUGUGAUUGAUUGGCACAGGAUUAUUCUUGCCGCAACGCAUGUUCUCCAGGGCCACCAAUCAGCCUGAAGCAGGACCCUAAAAAGUGCCUUCAGGGAUAUAUGUGUGGUUGGAAAAGUUAAGCUAGGCCAGUGGUAUAAAUCUUCCUAAAGUCUCCUCUAGUCUGCAGCAAGGCACUGUUUUUCCUGCAGGGAGCUGCAGAGAAGAAGAAAAAUUCCAGACAGCUUUGCAGCUAACUUGUGACAUGGGAAAGAAUCUCGCCACACAACAUGCCUUCCCUGCAGCCCACAGCAGUACCAGAGAUGGAGAGAAAAAUCCUGCUUCCAAGGCUUUGGGAUAAUUGAGUGAUUGACCUAUAGGAGAAAAGACCAAUGGAUUUCAGCCACAGGCUGACACUGGUUAACAUGAGAGCAAACCCUAAUUAAGAUCUUACUUUCCCACUCCAGGAAAGGAAGGGUGUAUAUACACUGAGUGAAAAGGUAACAUGGCUUCAAAUGAGGUUAAUAGCUUGUUUGAAGUGUAUGUGUGUGAAUAUAUUGGUUAUGUAACACAACUUGCCGUCAUUAAAUUUGACAACACUUUAAUUGUCACUCUCUGAAAAUUCCAGCCAAGCAUCAAAGACAGGCAGAGUUCUAAAGAAGAGGCUCUUUUAAGCAUUGUGUUUCGUUCUUGCUCUUCUCUUUUGCCUAUUCUCCUUGCUCUGAAGUUAUCUUUUAAAGGGAAAUCUCCAAAAUCUCCCUUAUAACAAUAACUGAAUACAGAGGAUCCAAAAGCCGGUUCUCAACCUUCUUUCACAUUCUUGUGUGACCAAGAGACUGAAGCAAAGAUGAGGCCACAUAGGUGAAGAGACAGGACUAGGUGACUAGAGUGAAGUUACCAGGAGUGGGGAGAAGGUUUCAUCCCUACCCUAAAGAUGUUUCCAAAUGCACUCCUUCACUUUCUCCCCAUUUAAGUUGAUUGCCCCAUGGGAGUAAAAAGGUAAAGGGACCCUUGACCAUUAGGUCCAGUCGUGGCCGACUCUGGGGUUGCGGCGCUCAUCUCACUUUAUUGGCCGAGGGAGCCGGCAUACAGCUUCCGGGUCAUGUGGCCAGCACGACUAAGCCGCUGCUGGCAAACCAGAGCAGCGCACAGAAACGCCGUUUACCUUCCCGCCAGAGCCAUACCUAUUUAUUUACUUGCACUUUGACGUGCUUUCAAACUGCUAGGUUGGCAGGAGCAGGGACCGAGCAAUGGGAGCUCACCCCGUCGUGGGGAUUCGAACCACUGACCUUCUGAUUGGCAAGUCCUAGGCUCUGUGGUUUAAUCCACAGCAUCACCCUUAUGGGAGUAAAUGGAAGCAAAGUAAAGUGUUACAUUAGAGGACACUUAUAGUGAGGGGGAAAGCUGCCCUCUGUGCCUGGCACUGUAUAGUCCAGCCCAAUAAAGAGAUAUACUAUGUUCACUGUGCAUAUUCUCAGGAACUGUCCACAAAUAUAAAACUCUUCAUCCAGACUCAUCCUUUCUGUCACAAUGAUGGGUGUUUUUCUACUGCAAAAAGGAAAACAAGAACACAGUCUCAGGUACCAGACAACCAGGUGGCAGCUUGUACUUAGAAUUCUUCUGGUCCAAAGAUUUGGUGUCAUUCCAAAAAAGAAGUGUAGUAUCUAAAGGGAUUUUGAUCUCUUGUGGAUGCGGGUCUGUGCCUUGGAUCUUUCGCAGUGUGUUGUCAAGAAGGCCAGCCAUCUUGUCCAUGCAGUGAGCCUGCUCAACUUGGACAAUGGACAUAGUGGAGCAGCACAUGGAAAAAACUGAAAGAACCACCUGCGCAAUGGCCUAGUGAAAAUCAGCUUCUCAGAUAUGCCAGGUCCCAGGAUCAUGCUAAGACUUGUGGGGUGGGGAGCAGAGACCAUGACCAUAGCUGUCAACUUUUCCCUUUUCUUGCGAGAAAUCCUAUUCAGAAUAAGGGAAUUUCCCUUUAAAAAGGGGAAAAGUUGACAGCUAUGACCAUGACACAAAUGUGUCUGGGAAAAUGAAGGUGGGCAGUGGACAGUGUGACAGAUCAUCUUGUAAACAAAGUUUUUUUAAAAAACCAAAAGGUUUAAAAAGGGGGGGGAGUCAGUGAUCUGGGGGUCCAGUCCCAAAGGAGCUUAGAUCCCUCAGGACAUCCACUAACAAUGCCCUUGGUAAGGACCCCUAGACUGACAUUCAGCUGUGUUUCCAGACUUAGCAGUUUAAAACACUUACCAUGUGGUAGCUGUUCAUGUAAAGCCACCCAAAGCUCUCUGAAGAAAGGCAUAUUUCCCUUCCGCUGAUUCCAAAACAGCUCCAUUGCAUUGUGAAUAAAUGCUAUGGCAAGCCAAUAUUCUUACUGCCAAAUGUUUGUUGAACAGGUUGAAUUGUUGCUGAGCCAGUUUGCUGGGCCAAGAUUGGUUUCCCUAUAGAUAGACCUGGUGUUCUGUGGGAAGCAACUGAAGAGAGCAGACAACAGAGGAGGCCUGAUGUGAUCAUACUAGUAGACUAUUUUUGACCUUCAACUAGUUUUCGUUUCUCUGUAUUAUCAUUGUUGCUCUGAGAUGGGAAGUGACCAAGAGACUAAGAGGACUAUGUGAUUGUCUUUGAGAAGGUGGUUGGAGUUGAGGGUGUUUUUUUAUAAAGCACCCUUGUGCCAUGAGUCUGUGAGCACAGAUGUUUCCAUAGAAGUUGGCUGUUAUCUUGCAUGCACUUCAUAACUGGAGCUGGAGAAUUUCCAUUUGAUCUGAGCCUCUUCAGACUUAAGCAAUUUAUAUGGCUGACAAACAACUGGAAGCGGAGCAGACAUUCAUUAAUCUCUUCCCCCUCUUUUACAAAUGCCCUGCCUAACAACCUCCCCCGUUGUGCCUCUUCAAAUUCCGUCUUACAGUCCUUCUCUAGCAUUUCCCAUCACUAUGCUAGUCUCUGCCAAAAACAAUCUUCAUAAUGUCAUCUGAGACAACGGACUGCAACAUUUGCAUUAUGUAAGGAAAAGAUGCAUGUUCACAUGUAAAUAUUUUGGGUUUUUUCCAUGCAUAAUUUGUGGUAGGUGACAAAACAAAUAAGAUGUCUACGGGUAGUGGAUAGAAAUCUUCCCCAAAUGCACAAACAGCCAUAAGCAAGACCCAAUAGAUCUGGGGUAGGAAACUUCAGGUAUCAGGGUGGGAGUGGGGCAAAUGGAACUCCUUUUUGUCUGGCCCUUGAGACUAUGCCCUUCCCUAGACCUCACUCUUGCCUGGCCCUGCUCCAUACUAUUGUUAUGGGUUAGCCAGAGACAAGGAUCCUCUGAAAUUCCUGCAUGCCAGUUUCUCCCCAUAAUUUCUGACAUUGGUAAAUGUGGGGUUUGAAGUCAAGCCAGCUUCCUUAGGCUAUUGGCUUAGAAAGGUGCCAUUAAAGAACAUGACUCUGAUGAAAGGUGAAACAUUCAGUGUCAGACAUGGAGUUGGGGUGGAAUUCCUCGCCACUCCCCAGUUUGUGUUAGUUAGCAGAAGACAAUAGUAAAGUUGAGAGGGGAGAGGUUGUAACGUUAACAUAUGAGAGUGCUGGAGGUGAAAUAGUUAAACAAGUUACCCAAUCAGAACCCAGGGGGUGGAGUCAGAGGGACUAGAAUACCAGCUCUGGGAGGGGCGGAAGGGAGGAGUUCAUUGGGAGUUGGGUGGGUGGUUGGAGUGGGGAGUGAAUUGGGAUAGAGUCUGUGGUUAGGUUGAGUUAGUGUAGCGAAAUAAGCUGAGUCAGGAACAGUUAGGGGCUAGGAAGACAAGUAAAUAUCUGAGAGGUGGUUUAGUGAGUGACAGCAGGUAGCAGAAGUUAUAGGUCUGGAUAGGCACUCCAUGAUUGUAAUUGACCAAUACCGUUUAUGAAAUCACACGCUUUAAACUGCAAUAAAUAAACAGAAGUUUAUGUUCCAAUUUAACGCUGACUGGACUCAGUAUUGUACCAGGUAGGGCCUGGGUGGUGGCAGCAAGAAAUAAAGUGGUGGCACAGGGAUCAAUAGAUGGUAGAACAUCCAGGGACCCUGGGUGAUCACCACAGAGGUUGCCAGGGGAACAGGUUGUGUGAUGUCACCACAGGAAAAUAGUGUGUCCUUUUAAACAGAGAAAAUAUUUUCUGCAAAGGCUGCUGGGAAAAAGGAACACAAAGUGGGCAGAACUCCAUGCGGCGCUGGCUGGGAGGGGUUGCACUGAGAGGCCAGGGACCAUGGCUGCUUGCUGAGGCUAUGAGGACCCCCUCCACUGAAGGUUUCAGGUGUAGAUAUGUGUAAAAUAAACCAUAUUUCUUAAAAGCACUAGUCUCUGCUGUGCCUCAUUUCAAAGGGGCACAAACCCUGGUUAAGCGCCAAGACUCCUAGAAUCUUGCACCUCUUGGUAGAGAUUGGGGUGGCCUAUAAGACUAUCCUGCAGUUGUUUUGCCUGGUUGGAAUGUGGGCUUGAACUGAAAAAAAUGCUUCUUGCUUGCCUGGAUGAAGAGAUGUACGCAUAGAAACUGCUGGCUUUUGCAUGGCCGAACUGUAGCCUACAGUACAAAGAUGCAGGUUGCCUCCAUUGCCCCGGCCACCUCUUGCAUGCAAAUCCCAGAAAGUUGCUAUCAAGAGGAUGUGGCCCUUGGGCUGGAGAGUAUUUCCCAUCCCUGGCACAGAUCAACCUGUACAAUCCAGAAGACACAAGUAGUGGCGUCAGCAGGAGCAAAUUGCUCUUACAUUUGUUCCCAAAAGAACACAUGUUUAUUUACAGUAUAUUGUUACAGUUUCUGGCCAUGUAUUCCUUUGCUCUUUGCUGAUUCAUAAUCCAGGGUCAUUUGUUGAUGGUUCAUCAAUGGGAACUAAUUGUUCAGGGAUAGUAUUGUGGUGAAAACACUCCUUGUUUUUGGAUGAGAUACCCAUCAAAGCGUGAAGAAAGUGACAAUCCAAUAUUUGGUAGAAAGAAGUCGUAUGUGAGAGUGUGUGUUUGUGUCAGAAUCAGCAGCAGCUGACAGUUUGGGGACAUACAGAGGCAGGGAGAGAAAGAAGUGACGGUGGAAUUCAAUGUUGUGCUGUUACAAACAUUCCCUCUGUGUAAGCAAACCAGCUUGGCUAGAUGGAACAACCCCCCUCCUCACCCCUGCUCGGUGUGCUGUCCUGGGGGUUCUCCUGAUCCCCUGAGCCAAUUUUAGGGGGCUCUAUUGUACAAGGAAACAGACUGAAGGGGUUUGCUAGUUGAAUCCCACCUUGAUUUUCUAGCUAGAAUCUGCUGAAACUGGGGUUGCAGCCUAGUUUUAUGCUGUGAACUGCCCUGAGCUCUAUAGAUGAAUGGCGGUAUACAAAUUUCAUUAAGUAAGUAAGUUGCUGUCUUAAGGUCCAUCUUUCUUGUAGAAGUGCCUGUUUGUCUCCACUUAUACUCUGCUUGUAUAUUUGUAAACACAGCAUGUACUGCAAUGAUGCUGUAAGACUCCAUCCAGAGGAAACUACAUCUGGCAGCAUCACAUUAUAUUAAUUUUAAUAUGGGCACGCCAUCAGGAAAAGGUUUUUUUAAAAAAACACACCCAGAUUGUCAUGUGCUUGUUUAACAUUCAUGUUUAGUUCCUCAACACCCCCCUUUCCCUUCUCUACAACAUCAUUCCUACAAGGUCAGCCUUUUAGAAAAUGUCCGCCCUGUUAAAAACUUUGGAUCUUGAUGUGAACCUUCUAUAUAUAUUCAGCCACACACCCACAUCAUUCCUAUCUCCAUAUGCACCACCAAAAAUAUAUAUUAAAGAAUCAAAUGAACAGAAAGCCAGAGAAGAAAAUAAUGGGAUGGGCUGAUAGGAGGAGGAAUGAGAAGGGGAAAUAGUGAACAAACCGGUGCUCUUGGAACAAGACAAAUACUGGGCUAGUAGUGCUGGACAUCCAUUGAAUGUCAGCGAUCAUACUGCCUUUAGGGCAAGAAGUUGAGAUUGUGCUACAGAUCCAUCUCUUGCAGCCUACAUGAAGCUACGGCUACGCUGCCUGGAGAUGUGGGUUGACGAUCCCAUUAAGAAUCAGGUCACUUCUAUAAACCACGAGGACAGCAGUCAAGACAGAGAGAGAGAUUAAUCUCAGCUUUAAUCAUGUCGUGUUCACAGUGCAAAUGCCUGGGAUAUUUCCCCCCUUUUUCGUAUCAGCAAACCUCUCUGUGCAAGAAGCAAAACAGAAAGGCCCUUCAGAUUGUGCUCCACCCAAGUGGGAACUUUUGGCAAAGCAGGUGCAACUAGAAUGAACAGGGAGGGUGAGCGAAGGUUGGUGGCUUGGUGCUGCAUUUUCCUUACGUGUAUACAGCAUUACACAUUUGUCUUCCGUACUCCAUCCCCAAGGAGCGGGAUAUAGCCAGGGAGAUGUCUUGCUAUGGGCCUUUGCCAUGUUCACCAAAUGGAAGAUGAAAUGGAUGAGACACCAUUAUUUCUGGGUGCUCUGCAGCAGCUUUGCAGAGGGGAAGUGGCCCAGAUACUAAAGGUUCUGAUAAAGAUAAAAAUAAAAGUUCUCAUGGCGAAAGGGGCAGGAAUUGCAUCACCAGUAAAAACAAGUCAUGUUAUAUGAACAAUCCAGUGUGGUCUAGUGGUAAGAGUGUUGGACUAAGACCUGGUAGACCAGGGUUCUAGUCCCCACUCAGCCAUGAAGUUCAUGGAGGGACCUUGGGCCAGUCCCUGUCAGCAGUGGUUGUGCACUCAUCAGGGUGAGGGGAGGCAUGGGUGAGGUGGGAGGGGGCUUCAGGGCAUACGUGCAUGAACUGAUGGGGUCAUUUCUGUCAACCUGGAGUUCCCUCAACCUUGCCACCACUGCAUCCUGCCCUAUUCCUGCCCUAAGGAGUAAAGCAUCAUCACAAGCCAGAUCUUGAGUACCUCUCAAGAUUAAGUCAGAGAUUAACCACUUCUGCCUAACUGGCUCCAAUGCACAGUUAUUUAGCAUAUUAAAAAAUUUACAGAGCAAGCUCAUUUUGUUAGGUUGGUAUAGUGCUCUCCCUUCUGCCAGCUGAAGAGAAUGGUUGUCAGGGGCUGGACUGAGGAGGAAUGGUGGGGGCAGUCUCCCCUUCUCCUGAACCUUUCCGAGAACAGGAGGACAGUAUAGAUUUAGAAGACUGGUUUGCAGAAGGACAUAGUUCAGAGACUGCAGAGGGGGAAAGCUGGGAAAUAUUGGAAGAGGAACAGCAGGAAGAAGCAGCACCAGGGGAGAGACAGCUGACAGACUCAGUGUCUUUGGAGAGCAUUCCUGAGCCCCCCUCUCCCAGAAUUAGGUGUGCAUUAAGAGUAGUAGAACAGAAAGCUCAGAGGCAGAAAGCUCAGAUCAGCCGGUGCAGGGAUGACGUAGGAUAAGAGAAACAGAGGGUGUGGGGCUUUACUCAGAGCAAUGCCAUUAUUGAAUAAGGACUACAUUCCUUUCUCUCUCUUUGUGAAUACUGAAUAAAUUACUUGGUAAGGACUCUUUGUGUUAUCUGCUUCUUUGGAUUCCACCGGGGGAGGGAUAGGAUUCCCUGAACCUUCACAAUGGUGGAGUCAGCGAUCACUGGAAAACAGGCAGGGGUGAGCUGGCUCAGGAUCCACUGGAUCCAGUCCUGCUGCUGUCACAUGGCAGCAUAGGACCUGAUUGGUGCACCAGCUCCCAGAUAAUCCCAUCACUUCAUAAAGCCCUGCUGGGUGGGCUGGGCUUGCAUUGGCAUUACCUGAAUAUACAUUUUCACCAGUUGUACUCUGAAACAUUUGGAGGGCACCAGGUUGGGAAAAGCUGAUUUAUUCAAUUAAUGUGUGGGUACUGAAGGGCCCCAUUAUGACAUCCCUCCCUUCAGUUUUCUAACUACACUUCUGAAGGCUUCAAAUCUUUUUAAAAAUUUGAAGGUUUUAAGCUCUGUUUAUGCUGCUGUCUGUCCUACUAUUGAAUUGAUAUUGCCUCUGCUGUUGUUUGUUUUUUAUGCUGCAUAUUUCUUCGUUAUGAUUGCAUUUUAAUUGAUUGCAUUUUUAUUUUUGAUGUAAACCACUCAGAGAACUCUGGUUAUGGAGCAGAGUUGCCAUCAAUAAAUAAUUUGUUGGACUCCAUGUAUUAGAUUUUUAGUGCCACACCUCCUCCAAUCCACCCUGUUCUUUCUGUGUAUUUAAAUAGGGUUGCCAUUUUUGCAAACAGUGAAAAUCUGAAGUUGUUGGGCUUUCUUUGGCAAAGUUGAUGAGCUUUUGGGGCAAAAUUGCAAAUAAAAAAUAAAAAAUGCUGACAUGGGCUGCCAUACGUCCAGAUUUCCCCAGACAUUUCCCCCAAUUUCCACCCAGACGCUGCUGCUGACUGCAGUAUUCUGGUUGUGUCCAGGAAAAUCCAGACGUAUGGCAACCCUAGAUUUGACAUACAGAGAACUCCUAUGCUAUGAAAAUCACAAUAGCAGAGCUACAUCAGUUGCAUAGGGAGUCUUAAGGUUUAGGGAAGAGAAAGUGUGGGGCAGCAGUAGUUGGAACGGCACAUGGACAAGGAAGCACAAGGGGUUCACAAUCCCCAUUAAGUUGAGGUUUGGGUGGGCCCUAAGUCUCCCACAGUGUAAGCCUGUACAUGUUUAUGCCAAAAUAACUCCCACUGUGUCCAAGUUCCAGGAAAGUUUGGAGGCAGCCCCGGUUGUUUUUUUCCUCCCAGCAGAGAAACCUUGCUAUUUCACAGUCCUUGAACCUGGCUCCUUCCCAUCUCAAGACUGUGCCCACAUUAUCUCGUCUUUUAGUUCCAAAGAUUUCUCAAGGCAGCUUAGAAGGUCAUAAUAAGCAAUUUAAAGCAGGCAUUAAGAAUUCAAUGAAACCCAUAAAAACAAGAAUAGAACCUGGAGCAAUAAAAAAAAAGCUGGAGCCCAAAUCACUCAUUAGAUGGAGAUCUUGUAAAACGGAAGCAUAUUUUGCACACAUCUCUUAAAUUCCGAUAGAGAGGGAUCACACCUGUCAGAUGGUUGUGAAUACAAUUGUGCAAAUGCGACAUUUUGUAAAAUAAAAAGAAAGAAAGAAAAAUCCAAGCACACAAUUCCAGGAAGAGUUAGCACGUUUACUGGAAACACACAGAGAUUUAUUUUCAGAGAUGCAAAGCUAAAAUGAAAUGUGACGUGACUGUUGGUCUGGAGAUACUCCUUAAACCUUGUGUCCAUGAGGAAUUAUGGCCCGGUUCAAUUCUCUUUGAAUUGGGUCAAUCCCUUAAAGGGGAUUGAAGUGGGAAAAUUCCCUGCAUUUAUGUCUAAUGAGGCUUUGAUACCAGAUUUGGCAAAGAGCAUGCGCUCAUAAAUACUCAUUUUUCUACUCUUGUUUGAAAAGAUACAGGCCUAUCAGAGCAUCAUCUUGGCUUGAAAUUAUGGUUGCAUAUACACCAUACAUUUAAAUGACAUGACUUCCCCCAAAGAAUGCAGAGCUUCAGCGCCCAGGACUCUUUAAAAAAUGAAGUUCGCAGGAUUCUCUGGGUGAAAUGCUUCAAAUGUGCUUUAAAAAUCUGUGAUAUGUAUGUACACAGCAUCUCUGAUGAUGUCACAGCAUGGAGGAUGCAGCAGAUGAUUGUAACCAUAAGGUGAUCUGCUUCAGCACUAAGGAUGAGGGGGAGAAACUUGAUUUAGUUCAUAUUUAAAGGCAGACUUACCUAAUUUGUACUUUCCAAAACAAUACAUGAACUGAAAAACAGCCAUCCUUCAGAAAUUGCACUUGUUCACAUUUUGCAGUGCAGUUCUCCAGCUAAGUAAUGUGUACAAAAUGCAUAUAUUAGGGACAAGUGUGCAUUAAGAUGCAUAUAUUACUGAAAAUAAUAUACAGUAAUGCAUUCUAGUAAAGGAAAUUGGUUUACACAAAUGUGUAUAUUUGGUAUAACUGCAUACAAAAAUGUGUAUAUUAGGAGAAAUUUGUGCAAAAAUGCUGGUGUUUUUCAUGAGGACUUUUUAAACGUUACAAACUGAUGUGGAAAUGUGGAGAGCUGAACUUAAUAUUGGAAAAAUUAUAAACUGAGAAAAACCUAGCACUAGUAUCAAAUAUAUUGUUCUGCUCAAUGCUCAAUGGAGAAAAGGAAAACUUAUGAGUGGAAUGCAGUUGCCUAUUCUACUUUCAAGUUCUAAUUACAACAAUCAAAGUAAUUUCUGUCAAUUUUGAUCAAAGCACAAUCAAUUGUUAAUACUAAUCAACCCAGUCACCACUGAGUAAUAAUAAUAAUAAUAAUAAUAAUAAUAAUAAUAAUAAAUUUUAUUUAUAUCCCGCCCUCCCCAGCUGAAGCCGGGCUCAGGGCGGCUAACAACAGUAGAAUCUCAGGCUCCCUGGGUGCCCUAGGAACGAAGGACAGGACAUAAAUUUAAUGAUAGAUAGAUAAACAAAUCUCCUCCUUACUACAUCAAGUUUGGCUAAAUUGCAUUUGGCUAAAAUUUAUCUCUUUUAGAAGGCAGUGUAAUUUCAAUUUGAAGACUUCAUUAUUGGUAAACUUUCCAUCUUGCUUCCCAGCUGGUUCCGAUGGAUAUAAAUCCAAUUUGAAGAAUAAAUUGUGCUUUCUUUUCUAUGCUAAAAAUGUGUAGCCUUACCUCCUAGGCACUGGAUUAGUAUAUGCCUUAUUAUGAUAGAUUUAUACAGUUGCAGGUGUUAUGAGAUUUAUGAGCUUCUAUCAGCUCAUCACUGUAAAGUUUUACAACAUUCUUCCAGUAGCAUAUUUUCACCUACAAACAGUAGCAUCUUGCCCCCUGUCACCCCCAGCCAGAGAUAAGGUUGAUGAGAGUUGGAACCUGGGAAUCAAAGCCAAGGAGCAAACCCAACCCCCUGGUUUUCCUCCUGCUGCUGCAAGCUAAGCCAUGGUUUAGUUUAGCAUUCUGUUCAAACAAAGGCCCAUAGUUUGUCUUGCUGUUUGCCAGUCCAUGAGAUGUGUCACCACUUAUAAACCACUUAUAAGCCAUCUCCAACUCCUCGAAAGAUUCCAUCAUUGGUGUCUCUGAAAAAUUUUGCACAUCACUUGGGAAGACAGGCAAACUAAUACCAAUGUACUGGAAGAAGAAACAAUCACCAGUGUUGAAGCAAUGAUUCUUCAACAUCAACUUCGUUGGACUGGGCAUGUUGUGCGGAUGCCUGAUUAUCGUCUUCCAAAGCAACUACUCUAUUCCGAACUUAAAAAUGGAAAGCGUAAUGCUGGUGGUCAACAAAAGAGGUUUAAAGACUGUCUCAAGGCAAAUCUAAAAAAAUGUAGUAUAAACACCAACAAUUGGGAAACACUUGCCUGCGACUGCUCCAAUUGGAGAACAGCCUUUACCAAAGGUGUCUUGGGCUUUGAAGACACUUGAACUCAGGACGCAAGGGAGAAAUGUGCUAAGAGGAAGGCACAUUUGGCAAAACCUCACCAUGAUCAACUCCCACCUGGAAACCCAUGUCCCCACUGUGGAAGGACGUGUGGGUCCAGAAUUGGCCUCCACAGUCACUUACGGACUCAUUGUUAAAACCGUGUUUAUGGAAGACAAUCUUACUCAGCUACGAGUGAUCGCCAAAGAAGACAGCCUGUGGUUGUCUGGUGGGGACAAACCACAGCCCCAAGUUCAGAAAACACGCUAAACCAAACUAUGGCUUAUUCACAGCAGGACUAAGGAGCAAAGUGGCUGCAAUCUCUUCUCUGGGGACCUGUGCAUUUGUGCUAAGUCAUUAUUUGGCUUGGUGUUCCUUGUGGGCUAGCUAAUUGACUCAGUCAAAAGGGAAAUACUGUGGUUUUGCAUUCUGUAUAAAUCUAGGAUUGAACCAAGAAGCUAAAGAGCAGUCCUUGAUCCCUUGCCAGCUCAUCAGGUGCAGCCACUACUGCAGUGGUAGAAGCACCUUGCAGCUGGGUGGGCAAAACAGCUUUGUUGGCUGAGCCAAGCAGGUUGGCAACACCUCCAUGCCAUGUCAAUGAGUUGGAGCAUUAAGACAUAUCUUGGACACAGAGCAGGAAGGAGGGUUGUGGGACAAGACAAAUUCUGACACAGGCCAUGGGACAGCAUCCUCCACCAUACCUAAAUGCAAGGCAGGCCAAGCAGCACACACAACACCUCACGGGCACUGCCUGCCCCCCAGCAUUUGCCACCUGAGGCAGCUGUCUCACUUUGCCUAAUGGUAGGGCCAACUACGAUGGUUAAGUUUGCUCAUGGGGAAUUAGAGAAUUCACCAGAGAUUUAGGAAUUAUGCUGGAAGCAAAUGGACUGUUGAAAGGUGUUUUAAAGAUAAAACCAUCACCAUAAUAAUAGAAAAUAGUAGCCGCAGUGGUUCUUUCCAUUCAGUAUGUUACACUCACUCUUGUGUGACUAAGUGACAUAGCAGCAAAGAAAGAGACCUCCAGGGCUUAGUGAAACAUUUCCCAACCCUGCCAUAUCACCCCUUGGGAGGUAAUGGAACAAAAUUAAUCUUGUAAAUACCAUUGGCACGAUGGAGUUUUCAUGGGAGCAGAGGAAUGGAUCUACGACAGCAUGCUUGGUAGCAAAUUGGCAAUUACACCUAAGAACCUUUAGAAGGCAAGAAAUAUCCUUAGAGGCUAGAGACAGACUAAUGGCAUUGGUGCCAGAUGCCGUGAAUCAAGAUGUUAAGACUCAUGUUGUGUGAAAUGGAAGAAAGCCUUUACUUGGGAGAGCUGUAAUGCAUAGAUGCACAUUUUUUGUGCCUAGUGCCUCUUCUGUUACCUCACAGCCUCUUCAGGGAUUCAUUCAUAAUGCUAUAAAUCUUAAUGUUAUGGUGCUAAUAGGAGCCCAGGCCCAAAGAGAUCAUUAACCAGGAUGUGUGUCAGAGUAGAAAUGAUCACCUCAUGUUUGGGCUUAUGUCUCCUGUUUUGAUUGCUCAUCGCACCAUUCUUCAUCCAGGGACAGCGCAUGAUGACCCAGAGAUUAUUUGUGCGUAUUGAGGUAGCUUUGGUUUGUGGUGAAUGAGUCACAUGACCUGCUCCCCAAGAACACAAAGCUGACACAAGUUGAAGAAGGAAACAGUAACCAGCAGAAAUCUUCUGGUUGAAUGAAUCAGCUAAAAGUAUGAUGAUACUUAAUUUCUCCAGAGGCAGACAAAAUUCUCUAACACUUUAUCAUUAUCAGUGGCAAUAGCACCACUUCCCCUCCCACUAAGGUUUUGUCUGAACAGCAGCAACUGUGUUCAGAGCCUGGCCACCAUUUUGCAUCCUCCACAAUGCUCCAGUUCUACAGCCUUAAAUGUUUGUGUCGCUAUGAAGGGAGGGGCUGUGACUCUGUUCAUUGUGAAACUGCGAUAGGUGCAUCUGAACCAAUGUGCUGUUACUUUCUUUUUCUUUCUAUACACAUAAAUUGAGAGAUUGCAUAUUCGUUAACUGCCGUGGGAAAAAACAGGACAUCCAGGUUUUUUUCCAUGAGAGCACGGCAGCCAUUUUGGCUCUCUCGUGAUUUCAGGCUGAGAUCUUGCACACCCCCACAAAGUGUUAGCCUGCAUAAGUCUAAUUUUGUUUGCAAUAUUCAUUAUUACGCCUUUAGGAUUUUUUAAGGACAUAUUUCCCUUUUUGUUCAGUUUGUUCCCAAGCAGUAUCCCAUCUCAAGGCAUUCAAUCCAUUAGGAACAGACUUGGUAAGACACACUCAAUUUGAAGAUUAUGGACCAUGAUUAAAAAAAAAAAAAAUAGCCACAAGAACUGCAUCCAACUUUUUGCUACUCCAUCUCUUAGUAUCGGCAAACCUUUUUGAAAGUAACAGUGCAAGCCCACACAUUUAUUCAGAAGUAAAGUGCCCAGGUAAGUGGGUAUAAGAUUGUAAUAUAUGGCAGGAGGAUUGGAUGUAGCUAUACCACAUUCUUCAGAAAUGUAGUCCCAUGCUUCCCCUACUCUGCAGCAAUAUCUGUCAAAUUUCUGUCUGAAUAUCUGAGAGAAAAUAUUGGCCAUAGAUACCUGAUAUGUAAAUGGCUAAAUGGUAGCAAUAAAAAGUGGGCUUGUUAUCUGUGGGCUCCUCUUAGCCAUUAAUGGACCUGCUUGGAUGUAACCGAAUGUCUAUGAACAUUCUAAUUUCUGAGGGUGAAGCUAUAAGCCACAGAAUGCUGAUAAACUGUGCAGCUGCAGAGGGGAAAGUAAAGGUAUAAGAAAGGAAUGGCAUAGCAAUAGACUUUUGUGGGUCAAGGAGCAAAGAGAACAGAGGUUCUAAAUGGUAUGCUGAUUUUGAACUAGUAUGCUAAUUCUCUGAAGGAGAAUAUUUUAAUAUAUAUAACAAUGACGAAGAAUCCAGUAGAUAGACUAUUGGAUGUUGUGACACAGUGAUCUUUCUUUUGCAGUUAGUUUCAUAAUGGUUCAGCUUCCAUUUCAUGUGUGAUGACUUUGUCAUGGAGUUGGUUUAGUGCUGAGGCACAUCUUGCCUCACACCUGUGCUAAAAAAGAAUAUAAUACAUUUUUCAUUUAACGAAAAAGUGGCGGGGCGGUGGAAGCUGUGUAAAAACAUCUUAAACCAAGCUCAUGGUCUUAUGGGAGUCAUUGUUAAUUACUGAGCAUCUGAGGCUGCUUCCGUUAUCCAGAUAAUCUAAAGUUGGACUUCCUGUAACACUACUAUCUCAAAGCCUCUUCCUAGUGCAAUACUCGUGAUGUAAGACAGUUGAUAACAUUUUGAGAUGUGUCUUUGUUGUUUUUUACAUACGUCCCCCCAACACUGUUUAGUGAUUUCAGAGAAUGAGCAAAAACUUAUUUAAGCCAAAAAGAGCCAAACCACCAUAUCUGAGGUACUGAGUGAGACAUUUAGAGCACUCCAUAAAAGUGGAGUUAAAAAACUUUUAUCUCUAACAUUCACUGGAGGUUAUGAGGCCAUUCUGCUCUCUUCUUUGUGAACAACGGACAACUCUGCUCCACUGAUUGGGAUGACUGAAGAGCAUUUUCUAAUAACCAGAAGGGAGCAGAAGGGGACAGCAGGAAGUAGUCAAACUGAGGGUCCUCUGGAUUUCCCUUUUCGACUUCCCACGCUUUCCCCCCAUGGUGUUCCCAUUGCUGAAGAAGGUGCUGCCCAGAAGCACAGUUACAGUUCAUAGUAAGGGCACUAAGGGAUAGAUAACAUCACUCCAUUACAUCACCCUGUUUUGAAUCAUGGCACACUGUGGCCACCACCUCUAACAGAGCCUGUGGUAAAACAACACAGCACAUUGUUUCUCAGGGAUCAGUCAAAAGCUAGCAGUGCUCAAGUAGCACGACCACUAAACUUACUCAAGAAUUUCCAACACAACAAAAACAUUAUACAGUGGUACCUCGGUUACGAACUUAAUUCGUUCCAGAGGUCCAUUCUUAACCCGAAACCAUUCUUAACCUGAGGCGUGCUUUUGCUAAUGUGCCGUGCCACCGGCGGGCAACUUCCGCUCACAUCCUGGGGCAAAGUUCUCAACCCGAGGUACUAUUCCAGGUUAGUGGAGUUUGUAACCCGAAGCGUUUGUAACCCAAGCGUUUGUAUCCCAAGGUACCAUGUAAUCUGUGUUUACUUAGUAUGGUUCCAGCCUGUGCUUGACUAUUUUCCUCAUUCCCCGACCUCAUCAGUGGGAGAGAGGGAGACUGGCAGAGCUGCACAUUUGACAGGUGUGUGGCCAACGCUCACCUGUCCAAACAUGUGCCAUCACAAUGAUGUGGUUGAUGUGUCAUCCCUGCCCACCUGUCAAAUUUGACCCAUGAGACUAAUCCUGAUAAGGAUCUGGCUGAGGGAGCCAAAUAAGUUUCCACACCCUGUUCUGUGAUAUAGCCUAGGAAAGAGUCUCUGUCAAGUGUGGAGAACCCCAGGCCAAAUGCUUCACUCUAAGCUUCUUUACCUGAACCUCAGGAGUUUCCCCACCCUAAACCCCCUCUCCCCAGACCAUGUCCCUCACUGGCCCUGCUUUUCACCCUCCUUGAGUGUUUUUGCCUGGCCAGAAUGUGAUGAUGUUUGCCAUGAUGGAGGAUAGAGAGGCGUGUGUGAUUGUGUACCGUUCUGCACAAUGAUAACAUCUGCAUCAGUUUUCUCACCCAUGUUUGCCUCUGGUCCUGCCCCUUGUUGCCAUGUGUCCCGUCCCCCCACCCCUUGAAAAUUACCCAGAAAGAAAUGCAGCCUUCAGGCUAGAAAAAGGUUCCACACUCCUGAACUAUGCUAAUCUGUCACAAACAAUAGUGAAACUCGGAAGCCUUGUUUUCAUCGCAUUCACUUGCCAGAGCAGGGGAAAUCCAUCAGUUACUCUGGUGACUAUUGCUCCUUUUCUGAGAAAAGUCCCAGAGCUAUUCUCUGUAGGCUUGCCAUAUGUCAGGAAAAUUCCUGACAUGUCUUGGUUUUCAGGUGAAAAAAUGGCGUCAGGGGGGAAUUUUGCCAAAUCGGCAAAAUGUCAGGGAAAACCUGGAUGUAUGGCAAUGUGAUGAAAAAAGCAACUUAAAAUCACUAUGUUUGGGUUAGGUUUACCCAAAAAAAGCUCAACAAUUUAGGUUUGUUCCCAAAUAUGAAAUAUUGAAAUAUGGCAACCCUAGCCUUCCCCUCUCCCCUAAUUUGUGCUGCAGCUCCAAAUACCACCUCCGACAGAAUCAGGGCACUCAGAACAUCGCCAUUGCUGUGAGAAAUGCUUCUCAUAGCAGCAGGCACUCUUUUUUAUUUAAUGAAAUCUUUAUGCAAAAAAGAUACCCUGAGAAGAAUAUCAAUACUCCUGUGGAUCAGGGGAACCAGCUCUCAUUAGUACUUGUUGUAUUCAAGGGUGCAUUAAGAAAGAGCUGGGAGACAGCUAAGUUUCCAGCCUAAAGCAAAUUAAAGCCACCUUCUCGUCUCCAUACUUGGAAGGAAAAAGUCUUCCACCAAUUCCUUUAGUUAGCUGGUCCUUUGCCCAUAGAGUUCCAGCUCAUUCACCUCUGCUUGCCCCAUGAACCUGUCUCCUUGUACUCCCUCCCUCGCUGUCUUCCAGAGCCACUGUGAAGGACUGAUAAAGUAUGCCUUGUGACUGCUUUCUCAUUAUAAGUGAGCCAUAAGGUGGGGAGGCAAUAUUUUUUAAUUGCUGGAUGUCUGCUGGCUUAAACAUGGAAAUUUCAUGUGAUGUUUACAGUUUACUUCUCUCCUUACUGUUCUUAUCAGGGCUUAAUUUGAAUUAGGUCUUAACUUGCCAGGAUUUAGCCUUCGUGCCUAUAAUCAUAGCUGUCAACUUUUCCCUUUUCUUGCGAGGAAUCCUAUUCGGAAUAAGGGAAUUUCCCUUAAAAAAAGGAAAACGUUGACAGCUAUGUAUAAUGGAUCUAUACAUUGUUCUGGAUCUAUUAAUGCUAUUUGUCUGAUUUGUGAGAUUUACCCUUCCCUCCAUCUGAGGGCCAUUAAUCUUUCCUUGUUGCUUGAUUAAUCUUAACUCUAUGGCCUUUCCCACUCUUAAUGACUCACAUUUUAAGGCACUACAGUAGGCAAUAAAUAAAGUAUUUUAUGACAUGCAAUGAUUUAUUGAAGGCCAUGGGUGCAGAAAGAGAUAUUAAAGUGCUGUAGUGGAAUGUUAUCAGAGUUUGAGAUACAUCACAAGAUUUGAAUCUGCACAGGAAUGAAAGUUGAAACACAUCAAGCAUCUCCAGGUGCCUUAGCUACCUUCUCUUUCUGGAUGCUGCAUAUUGGUUUGUGCAGGUAUGUUCUGACAGGCUGAAGCUGGCAUGUGUUAAUAAGUGAUGGUGAGAAUGCUUUGCUCCAGUCUUCCCUUACAAAGAAAAUUGCAAUUAACUUGGAGAAAGCAGAAGAAAUAAUAGUAAAGGGUUACUAAACCAAAAUGGUUACUAAACCAAAGGGUUACUUAACCAAAAUGGCUGCCAUGCUCUCGUGGGGAGGGGGGGAAUGGGAUGUCCUGUUUUUCAGGGUGCUGAAGGAGGUUGUGGGCAUUAUUUCAGAGCUGCUGGCUAUAAUUCUUUAGAGAACUGGUAAGGUUGUGGAAGCCUGAUGAUAGGCAAAUAUUGUCCCUGUCUUCAGAAAGAGCGGGGUAUGGGAGAACAGGGAAACUACAGACAGGUUGGCCUGAUAUUAAUGCUGGGCAAAAUUAUAGAACAGAUUAUUAAGUGGCUGACCUGUGAGCAUCUAGAAAAUAAUGCUUUGAUUAAUAGGACUUAUUCUUAAAAACCCUAUGCUGGCUCCUAUUAAUCAAAGCAUUAUUUGAUUAAUGCUGAACUCUUUUUUUGAUAUAGUGACUAGUGCAGUAGAUCAUGGGAAUGCUGUGAACAUAGUAUAUCUUGGUUUUAGCAAACAUUUGGAAGUGUCUUUCAUGAUAUCCUAGUACGUAUUGGCAAGAUGAGAAAAUCUGAAUCUGACAAUGUGCUAUUAAGUGGAUUCACAAGUGUCUGUGCGAUCCAACAAGUGCUCAUUAAUGGGCUCUCUAUCAAACUGGAGGAAGGUCUUGACUGUAGUGCCACAUAGCUUCAUCCUACACCCUGACUAGUUCAACAAUUUUAUAAAUGACUCGGAUGAGGGCGCAGAGGGGAUUCUUAUCAAAUUUGCACAUGACACAAAUCUGCGAAGGAUAGUUAACACCAUGUAGAAGAUAGAAUCAAGGGUCAAAAUAAUCUUGACAGGAUAAAACCAGCAAGUCAAAUAGGAUGGGAAAGAUCUGUCUAGGCGGCAGAAUAUAUGAAAUGGGUCUAGGUACAGUAAAGGCAAUCCAAACUCCUAGCUGACCGUGGCAGAGCUUAAUGGAUCCUGUGCCUGCUCGGGCCUUGCCCUCUCCACCCCCAAAAUACCCCAUUUCUAGUUUUAUUGCCAGCGGGGUGCUGCCAGCAGUAGCAUAUGCCCAUUGUCUGGGUGGGCACAUUAUGGCAUUCCUCGUCAGUGAGGCUGUCCUGUGGGGGUGGAGCUCUCCUACAGACAGAGACUAACAGAUCCAGACAGGGCUGGAUGGAGGGAUACAUCCAAACUCCCUCCAGCACAAUGGAUCAGUGGUUUGGAUUUCUCUGCCCUUGAGCCAGAAGUAUGAGACAAUUGCUUAAAAAGCUAAUGCCAUCCAAGACUGCAUUAACAGGACCAUUGUGUCCAGAUCAUAGGAAAUAAUGAGCUCUCUUCAGGCAUUAAAAGCUUGUCCACAUUUGAGCAUUAUUGAGCUGUUAAUUCACAUUCCCUCCCCCCCCCCCCAUUUGAGUUAGACCAGAAUAGUCUAAUCCUGCACGUAUUUGAAUUUGCAUUUGAGGAACAACUUCAGUCUUUUCCAUUCAUCCCACCAGGCAAUCCCUUUUGUGUCUGUCCCUAUCUUCUAAUUUGUUGAUCCUUUUAUGCCGAUUAAGUACAGAUAUGGCAAACGUGCAGAUAGCUGCACUUGAACCUUGUUGGGUUGUUGUUUUUUAAGCUACCCAAUAAGUGUGCAAAAGCACACUGUCAUGCAGUUGUAAAUUUGCUUGUGUUCUGAUUUUGUGCAAAUCUGAGGGAUCAAAGUGGGGAGGGGGGAGGGGAGAGAAAUAUCCCUUCAUUCAGGAUCACACCAGAAAUAGUUAAAAGCACAGCGAGAAAAGAAAACAUUGAGGAAGUAGUGGGCAUGGAAAGGGGAGUAGCAGAAAGUGACAAUUGAUGCACCCACUCCAAAACACCAAAACAAAUGGUCUGUGACACUGAGCAGUCUGGAGCCCAAUUUACCAGAUUAGCAAUAACUAUAGGAUAAACCAGAAUUUACAGUGAGAAAGCAUUGAGAUUGGUAUUGUUUGGCAGUAAUGUCAUGCGCAUGGGUAGGCAAACUAAGGCCCGGGGGCCGAAUCCGGCCCAAUCGCCUUCUAAAUCUGGCUCACAGAUGGUCUGGGAAUCAGUGUGUUUUUACAUGAGUAGAAUGUGUGCUUUUAUUUAAAAUGCAUCUCUGGGUUAUUUGUGGGGCAUAGGAAUUCGUUCAUUCCAUUUUUCCAAAAUAUAGUCCGGCCCCCACAAGGUCUGAGGGACAGUGGACUGGCCCCCUGCUGAAAAAGUUUGCUGACCCCUGGUCAUGCGGAUUACACAAACCAAAUGGGAAUGCGAACAGCUACAAACGUACAGUAAACUCCAGUGUGGACAAACCCUAUACAUUCCAAGCCCCAGCUUUUGCAGCAUAGAACAAACUAUCUGUCCUGAUGGUUUGCCCAUACAGCUGUAUGGUCUUCAAACAUCUAAAGGGCUGUCAUGCAGAAGAUGGAGCAGACUUGCUCUGCCCUGCUCCAGAGGGCAGGAGCAGAAAUUGCAGGGAAGCAGAUUUGGACUAAACAUGAAAAGAAAUUUCCUGACAGUAAAAUAUCCCCCAGUUGCUAUUUAUAUAACAAGAAUCAGGCAUAUUGCAUUUACUAUAUAAUAUAGUUUGGCCCUCAGCUCAUGAAAGGCAGGAUAACAAUCCAACAGAUAAAUCAGGUAAAUCACAUUCCUGGUUGUCCCUAGUUAAUAGAUACUUUGUGCAUAUAAAAUACAUCUUUGAUGCCUAUCACAAAAAUGAAUCUUGUAAAACUCUGAAGACAAGUAGAUUUUAUUGUGGCAUCAGCUGUUGCAGACUAGAACCACUUCCUCAUAUGAGCUCUAAUCCAUGUAAUUCCCCCCACACACUUGGCAUUCCCUUCAUACGGCUAAAACAGGAUCAGGAAGCCAUAGUGACUGUCAUAAUGUGUAGUUUCAACUUUAGCAGCUAUGCACGUUUCAUAGUGAGCCACUGCUUAUGUUCUGGAAGGAUGCAUUUGUAUUCAUUGUGGAGGAAUGAUGAAAGUAUAUCAUAUCCAAUCAAAUUUGCACCUGGAGCAACUUUGGAUAUGAACUUGACACACCAAAAGUGCUUAGUAUAUAUGAGACUACUGCCAACAAAAUAUUAUGGAAAUAGGGGAUUAAUUUAUCAUUAGUGUGGGAAGGAUUGCAUUUAUAUAGGUAAUAGCUUGCUCAUGUUAACCUAAACGUGUUCUUUUAUGUGCCCGUGUGCAUACUGGUAUUAUAGCCACACACACAUGGUUGCAAGACUUCACAGCUAAACUGUCAUUUUUGGAUGAUGUUAGAUACUAUGGUUAUCACAAAACCUCUGUGUGGAUAGGAACAUGCCCCUCUGGAGCCCUGGGAGCAGGCAGGUCCUUAGUGAAGGGGCCUAAAGCAGUGGGGAUGGUCCAUAAGGGUAGAUGAUACACUGCCCCACCAACCUCAAUCAAGCUUAAUUAGUUUUUAACACUUGCUGGAUUAGAAGCGUCUGGCACACAGUUUAGCACCCCAAGCCUUGAUUCAAUUCUGUUGGAAUUAUUUACACCGGACAAGAGGGUACACAGAGACUGAACAUGGAGCCCGGCACGCUUCCGUUGCGGAACUCUGCAAGCUAUCCGUGCCUCCUGCAAAAAUCCUCCUCAGGCCUCUUUCUCUUGCCGGUAGCAGAGCGAAACACAGCGGUGAGAAGCAGAGUGCAGCACGUGUGGAAUAAAUCAGUCCAGACACAAGGCAGUCCUUAUCUACUCUUGCCUUUUAAUCAUGAAGAAUAACAUCAUAAAUUCAGACCUGGCGAGAACUGACACAUUCUCCCUUUCGCAUCACGUCCGAAAGUCAGACUGAAACACACGGAGUCAAACCCUCCCUUAAGUGUUUCUAACCACGCCUCAGGAAAGAGACGUCACCAGAACUCUUUAACUCUGUGAGUUCUGAAACCAUUCACACCCCUCUCGUCACGAGAUCCUGAGGGGAAACUGUGAACCCCUAUUUACAGACCUCUUUGAGUUCAACUCACCUCCCAUUGCCUUUUGCCUCCCACUGGCAUCCAUCCCAGGCAAUUGUUGAAUCCCUUCCACACUCCCAGAAUCACACUGUGCGAAACCAACCCACGCACUGGUGACCUGAAACCUCUCCGGUGGAAUCCCCUUUGUGGUCCGAGUUGACCGCCGGAGCACAACCUCAGGCGCUCCUUGUGACCCACUGGGGUCAGCAAGUGUGUCUCCAGCAAGCUCAGAAGACUCCCCCUCUGACUUGCUGCGUCUUCGGGCUUCCUGCACUUGGCUAACAGGAGAUGAAGGCUCACUCUUGGGUUCCCUCUUAACCUGUGGAGAAACCCACCCCUGUGCUUGACCAUCAUCAGCAACCUGGUCUUCAGCAACAGGCUCCGCCUCUGCCUCUCCUUCCUCCUUUCUUCCUCCUUUUCCUCCCCUCAGAAUCGGACAAGCAGUCUGAGAGAAAAUCAGAACCAUACCUAGGCUGUGACCAACCAUCCUGCUCAAAGAACUCAGCAUGCUUGCUGACCAGCAGCGUGGUCUGAUCACCCUCUGGGUAUGCAAACUUCCACCCAUUUGUUGCAGGAUCAUACCCACAGAAGAUCAUGUCCUGGUACCUAGGACCAUCCUUCUUCCGUUGCGCUGUUGGUAUUGGCACUGAAGCCUUGGAACCAAACGAACGGAAGAAAUGCACCUGUGGCUUCCUCUUGUGCAACAGAAAAUACGGUGUGUCACCUACAUCGUGAUUGUAGGACCUGUUAAAAACAAAGUUGGCAGCUUUCCAAGCUUCACUCCAAAAGCUCUGAGGCAGCCCAGAGUCACCCAGCAAAACUCUGACAGCUUCAGCCAGUGUUUCACUCCUGUGCUGUGCCACGCCUCUCCCUUGAGGAGACUUUGCACUCGUCACGUGGUGACGUAUUCCUUUUCCUUGAAAACUCCUCCAGAGCAGACCCAGUAAACUGUGACCCUCGGUCGCUCUUGAACCCUUGCACCCUGGUGGAAAACCUUCGUUCCACCUCCGCAACCCAAUCCUGGAUCAGUUGCGCCGCCUCCCCCUGUGAUUUGAGAGAGAAACACCAGCCAACCUGGCUGUGGUCAUCUGUCAGCGAUAGCACAUACUUGGCCCCACCCAGACUCUCACACCUCAUGGGUCCUGACAGAUCUGUGUGAAUCAACUCAAAAGGUUUUGUGGUUACCCUCUUUACCCUGGAAACCUGCACCUUUGAACCUUGCUGCAUGCCCUGCACACUAGGGAUCUCUCACAUGGUGUGAUUUUACAUCCUUCGGUGCAGCCUGGCAGCCUCUUAACAUCCUCCAGACAAGCAUGAGACAUUCUCUUGUGCCAUACAUGAACACAUGAAUCAUGGCUGGGAACACUAGCACACUGCGCCUGUGCUUUCCCUGCAUUCCCACCACCCUCCAGAGGUGUUUCCAGAACAAAGAGAUUGUCCUUGCUCUCCACGUUGACAAGUUGCCUCCCCUCUGAAAAUGGAACAGGUGUUAUUUUCAAAACAAAUUUUGUAUCCCUGCUUCGCCAGAGCAGAAACCGAUAACAGGCAACACUUCAUCCCUGGUACAAUGAAGCACUCCAGCUCAGCCUGCAAAACAGAAUUAUAGACAUUUGCCGCUUUAGAUACAUUUCGUUUUUUCCCGUCAGCAAAUUUACAAGUCAUUCCAGUUAAAACAGCCCUGCAAUUCUGCAGCUCCCCAGCAGAUGGCGUUAUCAGGUGAUGACUCGCUCCUGAGUCCAGCACCCACUUCAUAGUUGUGUCCCUGCUGGCAUUGUUGUUCAAAGUUGCCAGAGAAGCCGCGAGAUGAUAACAGUCUCCCUUCUCUGAGUCACGUCCCUCCUUCGCGUUCCCACGCUGGCCUCCUUUCCGAGACUGGUUCCCAUGAGAACUCAGCUGGUUGACCUUGGAGACAUCCUGCCCGGCCUCUCUGCUCUUCUGCGGACAAGCCCGCUUUAGGUGGCUGUUGGAUCCACAGACAUAACAUCGACGAGUGGAAAAGCCUGAACACAGCUCUCAUCUGGCUUGCCCCCACCUCUGCAACCGGUGGAGCUGCCUGCGCCAGACCUGCCUUCUCGGACACGCCUCUCCUGUUCGUCCGAAAGACGCCCUGUCACGUACGAUAGCGUCAAAUCCUGUGGACUCAUCGAUUCCAUAGACAGACACAAAUUGUCAUAACUUUUGUCCAGAGAGCUGAGCAAAAUAUAAACCUUCAGCUCUUCUGAAAAGUUGACCUGUAACAGGCGCAACUCAUUGAAAACAGAAAGCAUCUCAGUAACAUGCUGUCUGAUGUUCCCACCGGGACGCAGCUUCAUCUCAAAUAAGCGUCUGGUGGUGUGGAUCUUUGCACCAGCCGUGGUUCUGUGGUGCACCCUCUCAAGGGCUUGGUAGGCCUCCUGAGCAGUCUCAAGCCCUUCAACCAGAGGAAGUUGGGAACACUUGCUGGAUCUAGGGCUUAUAGGAAUCUGGCACCCACAAACUCAUAACACCAUCAUCAAUGCAGCUAAAUGUAAUGUGUAAAAGGAAAAUAAAGCUGAUAAAUUGUCACCAUUUUGCAAUGUGCAACUUCUAUAUAUAUUGAGUAAGACCAGGAACAGAACAUCUACAUGUACUGAAUCAGGGAGGGGAGUUGUGUGUGAAUUAACCCCAAGCCUCUUUAUCUCUACAUGGUCAAGGCACAGAUCUGAGCUGAUGUUUCCACACUGGGUCCCCUCUCUGUGAAGCCUCCAAUCUCACAGGAGAUUCCAAGGCAAAGCCAGAAAUAGCAGCCAACAGCAGAGCAGAUACUUUGCCUUGAGCUUUCACAACCAGGCUCCUUCCUCUCUUCCUGCCCCUUGCAACUCUCAAAGGAAUUUGCAGGCUUCCACCCAACACAGCUCCAAGGAUUUCCCCAUUUAUUAAAUGUCUCCAUGCUUAUGUUUAUGGCUGAACAGCUGGAGUUGCAGAGAUGAGAACUCAAAGGUGCUGUGAGAGCCAGGCAGUUAGGAGAGAGACCGUGUGGGGAUUACCAAAUGAUCCCAUGGGAUGAAGAGAAUCAGAGAAUCAGAGAAUCAUAGAGUUGGAAUAGACCACAAGGGCCAUCGAGUCCAACCCCGUGCCAAGCAGGAAACACCAUCAGAGCACUCCUGACAUACAGUUGUCAAGCCUCUGCUUAAAGACCUCCAAAGAAGGAGACUCCACCACAUUCCUUGGCAGCCAUCGAGUCCAACCCCCUGCCAAGCAGGAAACACCAUCAGAGCACUCCUGACAUACGGUUGUCAAGCCUCUGCUUAAAGACCUCCAAAGAAGGAGACUCCACCACACUCCUUGGCAGCAAAUUCCACUGUCGAACAGCUCUUACUGUCAGGAAGUUCUUCCUAAUGUUUAGGUGGAAUCUUCUUUCUUGUAGUUUGGAUCCAUUGCUCCAUGUCCGCUUCUCUGGAGCAGCAGAAAACAACCUUUCUCCCUCCUCUAUAUGACAUCCUUUUAUAUAUUUGAACAUGGCUAUCAUAUCACCCCUUAACCUCCUCUUCUCCAGGCUAAACAUGCCCAGCUCCUUAGCCAGUCCUCAUAAGGCAUCGUUUCCAGGCCUUUGACCAUUUUGGUUGCCCUCCUCUGGACACGUUCCAGUUUGUCAGUGUCCUUCUUGAACUGUGGUGCCCAGAACUGGACACAGUACUCCAGGUGAGGUCUGACCAGAGCAGAAUACAGUGGCACUAUUACUUCCCUUGAUCUAGAUGCUAUACUCCUAUUGAUGCAGCCCAGAAUUGCAUUGGCUUUUUUAGCUACCGCGUCACACUGUUGGCUCAUGUCAAGUUUGUGGUCAACCAAGACUCCUAGAUCCUUUUCACAUGUACUGCUCUCAAGCCAUCUUGUAUUUGUGCCUCUCAUUUUUUUUUGCCCAAGUGCAAUACUUUACAUGUGGGGACGCGGGUGGCGCUGUGGGUAAAAGCCUCAGUGCCUAGGGCUUGCCGAUCAAAAGGUCGGUGGUUUGAAUCCCCGCGGCAGGGUGCGCUCCCGUUGCUCGGUCCCAGUGCCUGCCAACCUAGCAGUUCGAAAGCACCUCUGGGUGCAAGUAGAUAAAUAGGGACCGCUUACUGGCGGGAAGGUAAACGGCGUUUCCGUGUGCUGCGCUGGCUUGCCAGAUGCGGCUUUGUCACGCUGGCCACGUGACCCGGAAGUGUCUCCGGACAGCGCUGGCCCCCGGCCUCUUAAGUGAGAUGGGCGCACAAUCCUAGAGUCUGUCAAGACUGGCCCGUACGGGCAGGGGUACCUUUACCUUUACCUUUUAAUACUUUACAUUUCUCCCUGUUAAAGUUCAUCUUGUUUGUUUUGGCCCAGUUCUCUAAUCUGUCAAGGUCAUUUUGAAGUGUGAUCCUGUCCUCUGGGGUGUUAGCCACCCCUCCCAGUUUGGUGUCAUCUGCAAAUUUGAUCAGGAUGCCCUUGAGUCCAUCAUCCAAGUCGUUGAUAAAGAUGUUGAAUAAGACCGGGCCCAAGACAGAACCCUGUGGCACCCCACUAGUCACUCUUCUCCAGGAUGAAGAGGAACCAUUGAUGAGCACCCUUUGGGUUCGGUCAGUCAGCCAGUUACAAAUCCACUGAGUGGUAGCAUAGUCAAGACCGCAUUUUACCAGCUUCUUUACAAGAAUAUCAUGGGGCACCUUGUCGAAUGCCUUGCUGAAAUCAAGGUAGGCUACAUCCACUGUGUUCCCUUCAUCUACCAGGCUUGUAAUUCUGUCAAAAAACGAGAUCAGGUUAGUCUGACAUGACUUAUUUUUCAGAAAUCCAUGCUGACUAUUGGUGAUCACAGCAUUCCUUUCUAGGUGCUCACAGACUGUUUGCUUAAUGAUCUGCUCCAGAAUCUUCCCUGGUAUUGAUGUCAGACUGACUGGGCGGUAAUUAUUUGGGUCCCCUCUUUUCCUCUUUUUGAAAAUAGGGACAACAUUUGCCCUCCUCCAGUCUGCCGGGACUUCGCCUGUUCUCCAGGAAUUCUCAAAGAUGCCUGCCAGUGGUUCUGAGAUCACAUCUGCCAGUUCUUUUAAUACUCUUGGAUGCAGUUCAUCUGGCCCUGGAGACUUGAAUACAUCUAAACUAGCCAAGUAUUCUUGUACUAUCUCCUUAGUUAUUCUGGGCUGUGUUUCCUCUGCUGAAUCAUUUGCUCCAAAUUCUUCAGGUCGGGCAUUGUUUUCUUUAUCGGAGAAGACUGAGGCAAAGAAGGCAUUGAGGAGUUCAGCCCUUUCUGUGUCCCCUGUUUGCAUUUCACCAUCUUCUCCUCUGAGUGACCCCACUGUUUCUUUGUUCUUCCUUUGCUACGGACAUACCCAUAAAAGCCUUUUUGUUGCUUUUAACCUCUCUAGCAAGCCUGAGUUCAUUCUGUGCUUUAGCUUUUCUGACUUUGUGUCUACACGUGCUGGCUAUUUGUUUGAAUUCCUCUUUGGUGGUUUCCCCUUUUCCAUUUUUUGUACACAUCCUUUUUAAAUCUUAACUCAGUUAAAAGUUCUUUAGAUAGCCACCCUGGCUUCUUUAGGCACCUUCCAUGUUUCCGUCUCAUUGGUAUUGCCUGAAGUUGUGCUUUUACUAUCUCCCUCUUAACAAACUCCCAGCCAUCAUGAACUCCCUUUCCUUUUAGUAUUACUGUCCAUGGGAUCUCACCCAGCACUUCCCUAAGUUUUAUGAAGUCGGCUUUCUUAAAGUCAAGAAAUUGAGUCCUAGUAUGCUUGGCUGCUCCUUUCCGCUGUAUAGUAAACUUCAGAAGAGCAUGAUCACUCGCGCCUAAUGAUUCUUCCACUUCUACCCCACCGACCAGGUCAUCAACAUUGGUUAGGACCAGAUCUAAAAUGGCUGUUCCUCUUGUUGCUUCUCCCACUUUCUGGACAAUGAAGUUGUCUGCAAGGCCAGUGAGGAAUCUGUUUGACCUUAUGCUCUUGGCUGAGUUUGACAUCCAACAAAUAUCCGGGUAAUUGAAGUCCCCCAUUACUACUAUCUCCCUUCCUUUUGCAUGCUUGGCCAUCUGUUCCAGGAAGGCAUCAUCUAUGUCCUCCAUUUGGCUUGGGGAUCUAUAGUAAACUCCCACAAUGAGGUCUCUGUUAUUCUUCUCUCCCUUAAUUUUGACCCAAAUGCUCUCACUUUGGCUUCGAGGUUCUAAAUCUUGGAUCUCUUCACAGGUAUACACAUCCCUGACAUAUAACACCACUCCUCCUCCUUUCUUGUCUGGUCUGUUUCUCUGAAAUAGAUUGUAUCCCUCCAUUAUUACAUUCCAAUCGUGGGACUUAUCCCACCAGGUUUCAGUGAUGCCUAUUAUGUCAUAUUUAGUUUGCUGUACCAAGAGCUCAAGCUCAUCUUGUUUAUUUCCCAUGCUUUGCGCAUUAGUGUACAGACAUUGAAGUCCAUUAAUCAUUCCCCCGUGUCUCUUAUUUAAGGAUUUUUUCCUCCCACCACUAGGUCUGCGUGCUGUUUGCUCCAUUUGGUCUAUGAAAUUUGGAUGAUCAUCUUCAUCAGUUGAUAGACUCCUACCUUCAGGAGCAGUGUCUCCCUCCCCCACAUUAGUCAGGUUAAAGCCCUCGUGUUGAGGUUUCUGAGAUUUUGGCAAAAACAUUUCUCCCAACCAUUGUGAGGUGCAGCCCAUCGCUUGCCAGAAGUCCAUCUUCAAGAAACUGCAGUCCGUGAUCUAAGAAUCCAAACCGUUCCUGUUUACACCAUUUGCGAAGCCAGCUGUUCACUUCCACUAUUUUUCCCUCUCUCCCUGGGCCAAGUCGUUCAACUGGGAGGACAGAUGAGAUGACAAUUUGUGCAUUUAAUUGCUUCAAUUUCCUCCCCAGAGUCUUGUAGUCUCUUUUGAUCUUCUGGAGGCUAUUGCUUGCAGUGUCAUUGGUUCCCACAUGAACCAAGAGGAAGGGGUAAUUGUCAGUGGGUUUUAUGAUUCCUUGCAGUCGUUCAGUUACAUCUUGGAUCUUAGCCCCGGGGAGACAGCACACCUCCCGAAACAUCUUGUCAGGCCCACAGAUCACUGCUUCUGUUCCCCUCAGUAGGGAAUCCCCUAUCACCACUACAUGCCUCCUCUUAGGUUUGGUCGGGGUUCUUCCGUGAGCUGUCCGUUCCAAGGUCGCCUGCACAUUCCCUGAGGACUGACUUUGCUGCUCGUCUUCAUAUACCUGAUCGACUGUAAUGAGGGAGAAAUCCUCAAAUGGAGUCUGUUCUUCGUCUUCCAUGCUAGGGGAGAGGACUUCAAAGUGAUUGUGUGUUUCUAAACAAUCAGAGCGAACCCUGGGCCUCCUACUUCUUUGAGUCACGUUUCUCCAUAUAUCUGGUACCUGUGUUGGUGAACUAGCCUCCUUCUCAGGGGAGUCCCCUGUCUCCUCCUUGGUGGAGACGGUGUUCUCUGUUGCUUCCAAGAAGAGCUCCAGCUCUCUAAUUCUUUGGAGCGUAGCUACACGUUCCUCCAGUUGCUGGACUUUGUCUUCUAAGAGGGCAAUCAACAUACAAUUGCUGCAGGUAAAGCUGCCUGCAAUCUUUGGCAAGAUGGCAAACAUUGCGCAGGAACCGCAGGCGUCUGCAGCUGUUCCCUCACCCUCCAUCUUGAGAACGUGUCGUUGGGGGUGGCUACAGUGGUCCUCCAUGUUAAAAAGCGUGAAGACAGGACAAAUAACCCCCCCCAAAAAAACCUAGGUCUCCCCCAACAAACGUUUGAGACUAGCUCCCCUAAAUCUAAAAGAUGGAUCAAACUGUGCGCGCCGCCAGGCGCGCGCUGCUCCCCUGCAAACUCUGAUAAGCUCCUCCCACAGCUAAUCACCUGACUCAACAGAAACCCUGCCCCCUCUGACCUUUGCACAGGGAGAGCAGCUAAUCAGCCACAAAGAAACACACACACUAGAAGAGAAGCUCUUGCACAAAAGGGUAUGCAGCUUCCGCAAAAGCUCUGCCCGUUUGGCUCCCUCCUUCCGCACAUUGGGAGACAAUGAGACAUAAGAGCUCAAGGGUUGGCCUUGUAUGAGGGAGACCUGUGUUUGAAACAUCCCUCAGCCAUGCAGCUCACUGGACCAGACCCAGACUAAGCUACUCCACAGGGUAGCUGUGGGGUGGAGCACACACUUUGCAUGACAUUUUAAGCUCCUUGGAGGAAGGGCAGGAUAGAAUGAGAUGAGUAAAUGGAUGGGAUAUUGCAUAUCAAUUAUGGAUUUGAUGGCUUCGCCAAGGUAAUAUAAUCCCUCUAUGUGUGAAAAUUUAUCAUUUCAAACAAUGUGGACCAUGUGCCAGACAUGUAUUUCCGGUGUCUCCCAUUGACAUUAAGGAAUUUCCAGUGCAGACAUUCCAAGUUCAGAUGCAAGCUGGCUUGAUCGUCUGUUCCCAACCCUGGGAAUUGUCAGGGGCUGUUUCAAGACUGUGGGAUUACAGCGUCAAACAAACUCUGCAUUCUAAACCAUCUUUAAGUUUUAUUUAGGACUCUCUCCCUCUGUGACUGCUAUCUCCUCUAGUCAGAGGAAGUCACUAGCAUUCUUAAAUAAUUCCUGGUUCCUCCCAGGAUGUGCAAUGCACUCAGGCUGCAUCUAGUGUCUCUUUCAAAUUGUUUCAGGGGCAGGGCAUUUAACAAAAUUCUCAGAACCUCACUAAAGCUCACCUGUUAAAGCUUGCCUAUUGAAUUCAGACUCCACACAUAUGUUGGCAGCUUGAACUAAUUUAUUUACAGGGCUAUAUACAGCUCUCCUUUGGCAGGGCUCUUAACAUAAGCCUGCAGCAGGGUUCCUCUUUAGGGUGAGGGGAGUGGCAAGUAUGGUGGCUAGGUUAUCCUUUAAAGAAACCAGGGCAGUUACGUCACUAUGCCUCAAUACAAUUAUUAAGCUAUAGCUCCCACUAUCUUUUUCCUUUCUUUUCUUAAUGACAUCACCUGUUCGAUGUUUAAACAGCAUGAAACAGAUACCGAGUGCUGUGCAGCUAUCGUUUCAGUGAAGAGGAUUGAAAUAUACUCGGAGUGGAGAGUGGAUUUCAUGCUCUUUAUUCAGCUCAUAGUGGUGAGGAGGAAAUGGAAGUUCCCCAGAAGGUCUGCUUUAUAUACUGUACAUUAUUUACACAAUGGGCUGCACGCGACUGGCUAAUUCCGGGAUUCUCCUGUAGGCCAGUCAGGUUGUGGAUUCACUUCCACCUGCAGCUGGAUUGGGUGGCUCCUGCGGACCAAUCAUACUGCUGCAUUGUUCUAGGACCAAUCAGACUGCUGCAUUUUGGAUCCUAUUCAACUCAGUACAUAACAAGGAUGCAUAAAAUAAACUAGCAAAUUCACUUUUAUUAAACUGGGACUGGGAACAAACACCCAGGUCUAACUUAAACUGCUCGAUGUUCUAUACAAAGCGCCAUAGUUUCAAGAACUUUGUGGAUAAUUGCCUGAGCUUCCGUGUCUACUGGGCAUCCAGGAGACUUUUCAGAUCACAAGCAAGGACAGGAAGAGAGUAAGAAGCAGAAGCCGAAAUGGAGCAAGAUCAAAGAGCUUUUGUUGAGGGAUUUUCAAAGUCUUCGAUUCUGCCUCUGGAAUAAUAAAUUCAAGGAGCUGCAUUUUAGAUUUGCCCUUAAGCUCCCGCUUAUUUUGCUUCAUUUUGUUGAUAAGCUUGGCAUUUUUCACAGAUGUUGGGAAGCUGCAGUAUGAAUUUCUAUGCUGGGCCAGCAUCCUGUUUGCCUCUUUUAGGCUUGCAAGUGCUUCAGGAAGAUGCAGGGCAAGAAAGUGAAAACCACCCACUUUUGUGACAGCCAAGCAAAUGGUAUUCAGAAAUAUACUAUCUUUGAACCAAGUCUUUAUGCUGUUAUUCACUGUAGCUAGUAGCCACAAUAAGUCAGUCUUCCAUGCAGGAGUGCCGUGCUCCCCACUCCUCUCGCCAUUUUGGCAUACCGUAUUCGGUUUACUUAUAUACAUCAUUUCCUACAGAAACAAUUGUGCUCAAAGCGGUUCAACAUAAAAAAGUCUAAAUACAGUAGCCACAAUAACAGUAUGUUAGAAAAAGUAUAAUAGCACUACAGAAAACCUACAAAAUAAACCAUUAACAGUUCAUUUAACAUAUACCAAAAUUUAAGUGGGCCUAAAGAUCACCAGUUUUCAAUUACCUUACAUCCAAAAGUAUCUCCAAAAGCUGAUAACCACACACACAUAGACACAAUCUUUUAUGACUUAACCUCAAAAGCUGGAAAGUUCCCUAAGAAUUCUUCUGCAAGCAGCUUCCUCAGGGCUGGAGGGUAAGGCACAGACAGAAACAGUCAUCCCCUGAUAGCAAAAAGAGUCUCUCUUCUCCCACAAUUUAAUAAACUUCUUUAUUUUAGCUCCAAGCUGUUCGAGCAUUUAUUUGUUUCCGCUUUUAGAAGUGGGUUUUAUUUGUAUCAUUUUUUAAAUGAAGGAUUUUACUGCUUCUAUGCUGCAAGUCACUUUGAAAUUCAAAGAAAGAGGGUCAUAAAUAUUUGAGGAAAAGAAAGAAUAACAUUAUUCAUAGCGAAGAGAAGAGGAUCUGCCCCUGAGUUAUUUUUGUGCUGGUCUUAUCUUGAAACUCCUGACAAGCAGUUUUACUAGUUAACUCCACUGAUAAAUUGCAAGAGACAAGUCACUGAAUGUAGCCAGGGCCCCUGCACAGUACAUGAAGGAUUUGUAUUACUGUAAGUGCAUUUACUCUUUCUGCUCAUAACACUGGUAGGUGUCAAGAAAGUGACUGUAGUGCAAUAAAGCUUGCUGGUUAAAUUCUUCAGAUCAUUGCUGGAGGCCUCCUCCUGGUGUCUCUGCUGUCUAAAGUUAUGCAGAUGACAACCAUGGAGGGGAUUUCUAAUCCCCUGAGCAGGUAGAUACCUGCCUUUAAAUCUGUCAUCUUCAAAAGAUAGCUACACUACUGGGUGGGUUGUAUCUAGAAAUCAUGGCCUCGGAUGUGGAAGCUGCUCUAGCUUUCCUAUAUGACAAGGAUGAAGAACCUGUGGUUCCCUAGAUGUUGUUGGACACCAACUUCAUCAGCCCCAGUCGGCAUCACUAGUGGUCAGGGAUGAUGGGAACUGAAGUGCAGCAACACUGGGAGGGAUACAUGUUCCACCCCCACCUGCUCUAUGAGUACCAUGCAUUGACUUCUUGUGGUGAGGGGGAAGCAUUUUGCACAUGCUCAGAAACACCAUCUUCUUUCCUAUUGCUUCACGUCUUCUGGACCAGAGUUCUUGCAUAGCAAUGAAGUUCUGGGUGUGAUCCAACAUGGAUGAAAACCCUCAUGUCACUGGCAGUCACCUCUCCUGGUCCUUUGUCCCACAUGCAGACAAAAAUAACAAGUUCUGUUUUGGAAAAUUUCAAACGCAUUAAAAGGAUUGACAGCGGGAUUGCGUUAUCCCUAGCUGUGAAUCUCCAAGCUUGAAGCACAAUGGAAUUUAUGCUUACUAACAGCUUGGCUUCAGGAGGGAAUAAAUCUGUUGCGUGAAUUCAGUCAGGUGACUCGGCUUGCUGAAACUUCAAAGACACUUAGGGAUGUGAUUGUUGUGAAGAGGCAGGCUGCUCAUUUAGCAAAAGUGCGCCUCAUACGAGUGUCUGAUCUUCAGAAGCUCCAUGGCAACGGCUCCGCUGAGAUUUGUUGAAAUAAAUUCUCUUUCUCGCUUCCAUGGGUGAAAUUACUUCUGUACGUGAGGCAGUGACAAAUGUCCAACCUCAAUUAUUAUUAUUUUCCCCAAAUCUUAACACAAUUUUCAGGUAAUCUCUUAAACUGGAAAACCAGCUCUUGUUUUGUGUGUGUGUGUUCAGGUAAUUUUGUUUUGUUUUGAAGCACUUUGCUUGGCUAUCCUGAGGAUUCAAAUAGUUAUUUCCAUUAGAAAUAUUUUGUGUUCCAUUCCAUUUUGUGAAGUGGGCUUUAACUCGUGAAAGCUCAGGCCACGUUAGUCUGAAUUGCCACAAUAAUCAGUUGUGACUGGUGACCAGUGGGACUGGUAGGACGAAAAGCAGGAAGGCCAUCAGUAGGUGGAGCCACCACUGCCUUGGCUCUUUGCCUUCGUCUUCUGAGGUUUCUGUAUGGGGUUCUCCAGCUGGAGCCUCCUACCACUCCCCAUUAUCCAGCCAGUCCCUGACACUGAGGGCAGACUGGGAUUGAUGGGGCAAUGCCCUGUUCUCCUUAAUAGAGCAACCUCUGCUGGGGAAAUUGCUCCUUACUGCAUCUCCUUUCCCGCCAUAUCGGAAAUAAUGUUUCUUAUUACUCUUUUAUGAGGCACCUACUCUGUUUCCUAAUCAUUUAAGAAAUGGUCUUCUUCAUUUAUGAAGAUGUUGUGAUGGUACUCCUCUGCGGUGUGCCUUUGUGUUCUGGAUGCAUAGUGUAUGAAAGUAUCGAUGGGUAUCUAAGCUGACAGAAACCUAUGAGGCAUGGAAGUUCCCUGGCCACAAUCCAGCACAUGAAUAAGUGGUUUAAGUGCCGCUGCUUACUUUGAGCUGAACUGUAGAUGUGUACGUUAUCCACUCUAGUGCUGAAAAAUGCACCAGCUGAAAAAUGUUUCCACAUAAUAUUUCUUCUCAUUCUCUACAAGCACUGUAAAACCACUCAUUGCCUUACUACCACAAUUUUUGGUCAUUUUAUGCAGUCUCCCUUGAGUGCCCAGUAUGAACCCUCCACCAUCAUUCUGUCCAUUUGCUUGUAAACCUUUGACCCCAAACAACUACAAGUGGGACACAAACUAAGCAGCAGAGAGAAGAGGUUUAGUUCCACUCCAUUUAAGACAGAAAGAGACCACAAGGGCAAAUAUAAUGUUCUGGCUUUACAGAAGCAGCUGUGGUCUAACAAGCAGAACCUACAGGCAGAAUUUACUACUACUUUGCCAUGUUAUGAAAAUGUGGACUCUACUUUUUUUCAGGACAUGAAAGCACCGCUUGCACAAAGUCAAGCUUACACUUUUUAAACAGAGUAAAUAUAAAGGGUUUUUCAAAGUACAGAUAUACUUCUGAAAAUCUGUGGGGUUGUAUCCAACUAAGUUGUGCUCCGAGUAGAUUCACUGAAAUUAAAAUGCCUGUUACUCAUGCUCAUUCAUUUUAAUGGGUCUACUCUGAGUGUCUGACCUUCUCCCCUUGCAAAAGCCUAGGUAUAUCCUUACUGAGAGCAAAUUUUCACAAGUAAGGUUCUGAGCAAGGGAGGGCAUGGGUCCCAAAUCCUAACAGAUGCCAGUCCUUGUCAGAUGCAAGCAAUCUUUGUGCAUGAGACAAAUGUUAUGUCCUCUCACUGCUGUAUUUCUCUAAUUGGAAUGGGAUAUUGUUUGUUACCCUGUGUACCGGGCUGACACUCCAUGUUGCAGAUUUAUUUUCUGUAGCCUCAUGAUCAAAGUUUAAACAUCUCAAUUCCUGGGGAUUUUGGCACUGCCUGCAUCUCUCCUCAUUAGCCCUGAUGCGUUCCUACUGGAGCAUUGCCACUCGCUUCUCCUGCCUCCCAAAUGAUGCUUGCAAAGGAUGUUAAUAACCUUCCUUGGGCACAGUGUGUUUAGAGUACUGGUCACUCAUCAUCUCAACGUUCCAGCCAUUAAACAUAGGAGUGUAGUGCAUCUAUGGUAGACCUCUAUUUCAGGGUUUUUGGGUUUGGGAUGGACAAAAGUCAUUUCAGAGUCCAGUUCAAACGACUGGUAUUAACCUAUAAAGACACAUAGGGCUUUACAUUCUUUCCUCUUUUGACAUGAGCCUACCUGGACCCUGAGGUCAUCACUGGAGGCUUUGAGAGUUAUUCAGUGGGUGUGGGGGGUGAUAAAAGAUCAUUUUUAGCUGUUGCCCUCUGUUUAUGGAAUUCUCCCACAAGUGAGGCUCAUCUGGUACCAAUGCUAACAAAUUUUCUGUGUCAGGUAAAGAUGUCUUUAUUCUUCCAGAUAUUUGUUGCUUGAUAUUAUUUGGUUUUGCUGAGCUGGAACAAUAGUUCCAGUAAUGAUUAUCUGAACCUUCGGAAGGAGUCAUCAUCACCCAUAAUGUGCAUACUCAUCUCUUUGGUCUCACUGUGACCUCCAGACAUUGCAGAUUAAGCUGGUAUCCUUUGCUUUCAUACUCUAGUUAAUCAUGCAAAUUAAAAUACCUACUCUGCAGAUAACCAAGCAAAAGUAUUGUGUAGCAGAAACAAGCUGCACUUACUAUCUUGAAUGUGAACCUCCCAGGUUGCAUCUAAUUUGUGUUCCAUUUUUGAGUCACUUAAGGUGAUUAGAGUCCUCUGGAUAGUGGCUGUCAAAGCAGAACAGAUUUCUGGCUUUCUGUACACUUGGACAUUUUCACUGCUUUGACCUGACACUUUUACAAAAUGAGGGUUCCUUUGGUCUACUCUUCACUUGCCAGCACAUUAGAGAUGAUUAGUCCUCCAUGAAGCACUGGCCUUGGGCUGAACGAAGGUUGUUGUUGCUGUUGUUGCUUUACUCUGCCCCCUGAGCACCCCCUGACUGUUUCCCCUAUGAGAUCAUCCUCCGACUCAGCAGGCGAAACUAGCACUCCCUUUAUAUAAGCAACGUCAAUGAAAACGACAAAGUAAUUGCUCUGUGUCACCCUAUUAUUGCUGCAUUAGAUUUGCCAGCACAUUGCAUUGUGGGAAUUUAAUUUUCUCAGAAAAUGAUAUGGCAUCAUCACACAAACUUAAUUGUCAGCCUAUCUCUAAACAGGAAUGGGCAAAUGGAAGGAUGAUAUUCUUUGGUUGACCUUUGGUGGCACUCAGAAGUGGUUGAGUGAGGCAGCCGCCUCAUGCUAUCUAAUGGUAGAGCCAUUCCUGCUACGGGUAGUAUUUUUUUUUUAGUGCACACAAUUCAAGCAGUGCUCUGGCAAUGCACAAAAUUUGAAGUAUUCUAAUUAUCAAGUAGAAGUGCAGAGAAUAUUCUCUCUGUGUGCUUUCUUCUCUUGUAUAGGUAUGAAUGAUGCUUGUUUAUAAUAAAUUACUUUUUAAAAAGAACAACUGUUUAGCCACUCCUUUACUAUCUGCUUGCUUUAGGGAAAACCCAGAUUUACUGCAUUUUGACUGCAAAUUGAUUUUUAAUACAAGGAUUCCAAUUGUUCUGAAUUUCUUCAGGACUUCUGUAGGCCACUUAUAUUAUUCCCAUGAUACAGAUUGCAACUAGCCUUACGCCACUCACUUCAUGGCUCAGAUGAGAUUCAAAGUGGGGGCCUCCAAUUCAAAACCUGUGCUGUUUUCACUCCUUGGCUCACUACAAAACCAAUUCACCUAUGGACUUUAGGUUCAAAUACAGGGAAACACAUAUAGUAAAACGUGGUUUUGAUGCUAGGACACUCUUUGUACAAUUUAUGAUGGAUGCAGUUUGGGAGCCAAUGUGGUGUAGUGGUUACAGUGGUGGACUAGGACCAGGCAGACACAGGUUCAACUCCCCCCACCCCUUAGCCAUGAAGUUCACUGGGUAACUGUCAGAGCUGCUUCCAGAUCCUAGCUCACAGAGGAUCACGCUAGCCAGCGAUCAUUAAACAAAAGUCUUUAUUGAGUUACAGUUUCCAUUCUCAAGCUGCUGCGUGCAACUCUACGUCUCAUGCUUAGACCGGCGAAGCUCCGUCUGAGUCUCCGCCCCUUGUACACCAACUUAAUAUCCUAGCCCUGCUCCACCUUUUCCGCCUGACUGUUCUUCUCUGGGUCCCUCUGCCCCCCCGGGGUCUCUUCCUUCCGGGAUUCCUCUGACGCUGACGCUGACUCCCCUGACUCUUCUCCCUCCUUUCGGCGGGCUUUAGGACCUGGCUCCCUUUCCGGGCUGCCUACUGCGCCACCUUCCUGUGCAUUUGAACUUGGCGCGCGCCCAACCUUCCACCUUCCGUCUGACCGUUUCUUCGCUCCCCGAUGGGGGUGUGGCCACUCCUGACUCGUGCCCUCCCCCCUGUUGUGAGUUGCCAGCGCUUGAUCCCUGGCGCCCUUCCUCUUCCCUGCUCUCUGGCGGUGACGUUGGUCCCGAUUUCCAACUGCUCCCCUCUGAGUCCCCUCUGGCUCUAUCUUCCUGGGGUGUCCCCCUAGGCUCCCCCCUUGCCCUGGCCACUGGUGCUCCUUUCUGUGAAUCUUCUGAUUCACUGGAAAGACUCGGAGAUCUCGGGUCGUCGUCAUCACUCAUCUUUUCUUCUGCCUCCUCCCCCUCGCUCUCUGUUUCCUCCCUUGCCCUUGCCUCUGCUCCUGAACCCCUGACAUCCCCCCCUCGAAGCCCCCUCUUCCCCCCUCCCCUCCUUCCGGUGCGGGAUCUGGGUGCUGCCGUGUCAGGGGACGAAUGUCGGAUACAGUUCGCUUCCCGUGGCGGGCCGCCAUCUGAAGUCUUCCGGUUCUUCCUCCCUGCUCUCGUUGACGACGGUCACCUCCGCUUCCAUCUCUGUGCCGCCGUGCUCGAAACCCGGGUCGUCCCCGAAAAGUCCAUGUCCGUCUCUCCCUCGUUGCCUUCUGGAGACGUUGCUCGUCCUGGACCCUCCAGCCACCUUCUACGGAACUGCUCCUCUGGUCGAUCAUCCCACCAAUACGAGGGUUCUGAAGCAGAUCCUGAGGGUGACCCCUCCGGGGAACGGGCGUCUCGUGUCGGUUCCUCGUCCGAGUCGAACCCCCGGAACGUGCUGGCUGAAAGCGUGGGCGUGAAAAGCCAGUCGUCGAAAAGUCUGCUGGCAUUGGCCUAUGUGGGAAGAGGGCAUGAAACUCUUCUUUGAGCAGAGGUUCGUCUAAAGCGUAGCCCGGCACCCAGCUGUUGGCACUGGCCGGGGUGCCCUCCUUGGCGAGAAGGUAUUCUACCCCCUCUUCCCCCCAUCUGGAGUCCAAAAUCUCCGUGACUUCGUUGAUGCGCUCCUCCCGUGCCACUCCCCCCUGCCCGGUUCUCUCUCGGAGCGGACCCGGUGCCGUUCCUGGUUCCUGAAACCUGUGAGGUGCCUUGUAGGGAGUGAGCACCGAUCUGUGGAACACCGGAUGCAUUCUGGAACCCUCCGGAAGAGCCAGCCUGAAAGCCACCGGGUUGACCUGUUCUUCGACUUGGUAGGGCCCCAGUUGUUUAUGCCCUAGUUUCUUCUUCGCCAACGACCUGGCCGGCACUGCGUGGGCUGCUAACCAGACCCAGUCUCCCACAUGGAUCUCUUCGCCAACCCUUCUGUGUUUGUCCGCUUGUACCUUGUAUGCGUGUUUAGCCAGCUCCAGGUGCCGCCGCAGCUGAUCGUGGACCUCCUGCAACUCCGACGCGAAUGCAUCUGCUGUCUGCGGCUCCCCUCCCCCAUUCUUUCCAGUCCCGGGAAGGUUCUGGGGUGCCUCCCGUUGUUGGCGAAGAACGGCGUGACCCCCGUGGACACGUGCUUCGUGUUGUUGUAGGCGAACUCGGCGAGAGGCAGGUAAUCCACCCACGUCGCAGGCUGUUGAUUCGCAUAACAUCUCAGGUACUGCUGCAUGAUGGCAUUGACUCCGCUCCGCUUGCCCAUUGGUCUGUGGGUGUCUAGCCGACGCCAGGUUGAUCUUGACGUUCAGGAAGCCCAUCAGCCUCUGCCAGAAGUUCGAGAUGAACUGUCGCCCUCGGUCGGACAGAAUAGACCGCGGCAGACCGUGAACCUUGAACACGUGGUCUAUGAACAGUUUGGCGGUUUGUUCCGCCGUGGCCACCUUCGCACACGGAAUGAAAUGUGCCAUCUUGGAGAACAAGUCCACCACCACCAGCACAGCCGUCUUGCCCCUCGAGCUGGGCAGAUCCGUGACAAAGUCCAGGGCCACUCUCUCCCAUGGUUCGAACGGAGUUUGCAGCGGUUCCAGCAGUCCGGCCGGCGGUCUGUGCACUGGUUUGGCCCUCUGGCAGGUGUCACACCUCGCCACGUAGUCCGCGACUUCCCCUCUCAUUCCUGGCCACCAGAAGUCUCUGGCUACUAAUUCCACCGUUUUCUCCUUGCCAAAGUGCCCGGCAGUGGGCGCGUCGUGCAGCUGCUGCAGUACCUUGGCGCGAAGUUCGUCUCCCGGCACGUAGAUGGCCCCUUUACGGAUGAGCAAACCAUCUCGCAGCUGGAACUCGUCGGUCGCUGCCGUGCCCCUGUGCGCCUCUGCCAUCUUUGCUUGCGCGAAGGAGUCAUCCUGCAACGCUCGUCGCACCGCCUCCAGGUCAACUGUCGCCGCCGUGCACGCCCACACUGUCGGUGCGAAGAUGUGCAUGGCGGCCGCUGGCGUUGCCUCCUCCAAAUACUGUGGCUUACGGGAGAGAGCAUCCGCCAUGAUGUUGGUGUUCCCCGGGACAUACUCUAUUCGGAAGUCGAAAUUCGCAAAGAACUCAGCCCAACGUAUCUGCCUCUGGUUCAGGAACUGUGCCGUGCGCCAGUGCUCUAGAUUCUUGUGGUCCGUGCAGACCUGCACCGUGUGCUUGGCGCCGAUCAGGAAGUGCCUCCACGCUUUGAACGCUGCAUGAAUGGCCAGCAACUCCCUGUCCCAGAUGGUGUAGUUCUGUUCGGACUUGCUGAGCUUCCUUGAGUAAAACGCUCCCGGCCUCCAAACCCCCUGCGGGUCCUUCUGCAGCAGGACUGCUCCUACGGCUCUGUCCGAAGCGUCUGUCUCCACCCUCAUCGGCCUGCUGGGGUUGACAUGAAGCAGUUGCUCUUCCGACGCGAAGAGACGCUUGAGUGCCUGAAAGGACUGCUCCGCCUGCUCUGUCCAGAUGAACUUCUUUUCUUGGAGCUGAGCGUGUCCGUGAUGGCCGCUGUCUGCAUGGCAAAGCCUUUGAUAAACUUGCGAUAGAAGUUCGCAAAGCCGACAAACCGUUGGACCUCCUUCCGGUUGCGUGGGCUUUUCCAAUCCAACACUGCUCGGACCUUGGUGCUGUCCAUGGCGAGCCCUUUAUCAGACAACUUGUAGCCCAGGAAAUCCACCUCCGUCACGUCGAAUUGGCACUUCUCCAGCUUGGCGUAAAGCCUAUGUUGCUGUAGCCUGCUCAGCACUUCCUUGACGUGCCUGUCAUGCUCCUGCUGCGAUUCCGAAAAGAUCAGGAUGUCAUCCAAGAAACAGACGCACGUCUUGUAGAGGAGCCCCGCCAACACGUGAUGCAUGAAAAACGUGGGAACCAUUUUGCAAUCCAAAAGGCAUAACUCUAUAUUCGUAGGUGCCCAGGGGCGUGAACAUGGCUGUCUUCCACUCAUCUCCUUCCCGCAUGCGAAUGAGGUUGUACGCCCCUCGCAGGUCCAACUUGGUGAACACGCUGCCCUUCCGUACCUUUGCGAGGAGGUCGUCGAUUCGGGGCAUGGGGAAGUCCGAUGGCUUGGUCACGCUGUUCAAAAUGCGAUAGUCCACUACAAGUCUUUCUGGGGCGUGUCCCGCUUCUUAACAAAGAAUACCGGACUGCCCCCGCUGCCUUGGACUCUCGGAUGAAACCGCGCUCCAAAUUAUGAUCUAUGAACUCUUUGAGUUCCUGCAGUUCGUCCUCAGACAUGGAAUACAACUCCCUUUGGGCAGCGCCGCCCGGCAGCAGGUCAAUUCUGCAGUCAUAUGGUCUGUGGGGGGGUAGCCUGUCUGCCUCCUUCUCACAGAAAACCUCCAAAAAUGCUGCGUACUUGUGGGGAACCGCUUGCAGCGUGCCUAGCUGCAGCUGUGACUCCUCUUCCUCUCCUUCCUGCCGGGGCACGAUGCAGUGUUCAGCGCAAAAGGAAGAGCCGAAGGUCAGCUGCCUCUGGUACCAAGCCAGCGUCGGGCUGUGCUUGUCCAGCCAACUCAUGCCCAAUACAAUGGGCGUGUCCGAUAGUUGAGUGACAUUGAAGCUGAUGAUUUCCCUGUGAUUCCCAAGUCUCAUCACCAUUGGUGGCGUCUGCUUCACCACUUGCCCCCCUAGCAGCUCCCUGCCAUCCACCGUGACAACCUGCAGGGGCAGCGUGGCAGGCAGCAACUGUAUAGCGUGCCGGUCGACAAAGUCCUGCCCUAUAAAGUCCGCAUUGCUUCCGGAGUCAAUGGUGAUUGGCACGUCCAUGGUGAUGCCAUUGGGCAGCUGGAGCGACGCGGUGAGCCUCACUACUGGUUUGGGCGGGAGGGGGUCCAUGGGCUGUAAAAUCUCUGGGGACUGCUUCACUGACACGUCUGGCUGGGCCCCAGUGCCUCUUUCUCCAGCCAGACUCCGUCGUUUCCCUGCCGUGGUUCUCCUUGCUGCGUUGCUGCAGUUACCAUUGCUGAGGCUGCAGUGUGCUUGUGGAGCCUCUGGGGACACUCUUUCGCCAUAUGCUGUGGAUCAUCGCAGAUGUAACACUUCCUGUUCCCUCUAGGAGGCUUCGCUUCACUGCUGCCGGUGCUAGGGCUCUGGCUGCUGACUGAGCCCUUGCACCUCCAACCUCCAUAGGUUCCGCUCCUCCUCCUGGCGGAGGCGUGGAUUGCGCACGCGCUGCUUCUCUGGGAAGGAAGGAGGAGCCCCUGGCUGGUUCGCGCCCUCCACGCCCUUCGUCCCUGCUCCACGGACGUUCUUCCAGCCGCACCCCCACCGCCAGCGCCCUCUGAACGAUCUCCUGCGUGGUCCGGGGUCUCUCCCCUCUCGCAAAUUCAUCUUUAACCGAGCCGUGCAAUCCCUCCCAAAACAGGUCUCUUACAGGAGCCGAAUCUCUGUCCCAUUCCAGAGCACUGACCAAAGCGAAAAGCGGGCAUGGUACUGCCUUACGCUGGCCCUCCCUUGCUUCAGUCCAUGUAUCUGCUGCCGAGCAAGAUCCACGUCAAUGCUUGAUAAAAGCACCCAUCCAUCGCUUUAAUAAAGGCAUCCGCAUUUUGGAGCGCCGGAUCCUUAUCUCUCCACAAAUUGCGCAGCCAUGCUUUAGCAUCUCCAUGCAAAUGGGACAUGAUGAAUCCCACCUUCUCUUGCUCAUCUCUAAAGUCUUUGUUCAGCAGUUGCAGUGCACACAUUACAUCUGCUCUAAAGUUGGGGUACUGUUGCAAAUUCCCAUCGAAGUGAGAGACCAGACCGCCUGUUCGUCUCCCCAACCCAAUCCCCUCCGGUUUGGGUGUCAGUUGCCCUUGCUUCGUAAGCACUUCCAACCUGACCUGGAGAUCCCUGUAGGCGGCAGCUGCGUCCUCCUCUCUCUUCCUGGAUGCAAGAGCCUCGGCAUUCAGUCGUGACACUGCUUCUCUGAGUUCCGCUAUCUGCUGUUCGGCCGUCAUAUUGUCUGCCGUUCGUGAGCUCGCUAGUAGGCACCCGCUUUCUCUCCUCUCCGCGAGGCCGUAGAUGCCCACAAUUUAGGAGACGGAGCUUACUGUCAGAGCUGCUUCCAGAUCCUAGCUCACAGAGGAUCACGCUAGCCAGCGAUCAUUAAACAAAAGUCUUUAUUGAGUUACAGUUUCCAUUCUCAAGCUGCUGCGUGCAACUCUACGUCUCAUGCUUAGAUCGGCGAAGCUCCGUCUGAGUCUCCGCCCUUGUACACCAACUUAAUAUCCUAGCCCUGCUCCACCUUUUCCGCCUGACUGUUCUUCUCUGGGUCCCUCUGCCCCCGGGGUCUCUUCCUUCCGGGAUUCCUCUGACGCUGACGCUGACUCCCUGACUCUUCUCCCUCCUUUCGGCGGGCUUUAGGACCUGGCUCCCUUCCGGGCUGCCUACUGCGCCACCUUCCUGUGCAUUUGAACUUGCGCGCGCGCCCAACCUUCCACCUUCCGUCUGACCGUUUCUUCGCUCCCCGAUGGGGGUGUGGCCACUCCUGACUCGUGCCCUCCCCCUGUUGUGAGUUGCCAGCGCUGAUCCCUGGCGCCCUUCCUCUUCCCUGCUCUCUGGCGGUGACGUUGGUCCCGAUUUCCAACUGCUCCCCUCUGAGUCCCCUCUGGCUCUAUCUUCCUGGGGUGUCCCCUAGGCUCCCCCUUGCCCUGGCCACUGGUGCUCCUUUCUGUGAAUCUUCUGAUUCACUGGAAAGACUCGGAGAUCUCGGGUCGUCGUCAUCACUCAUCUUUUCUUCUGCCUCCUCCCCCUCGCUCUCUGUUUCCUCCCUUGCCCUUGCCUCUGCUCCUGAACCCCUGACAGUAACCUUGGGCCAGUCAGUGUCUAUCAGACUAACCUACUUGUGAGGAUAAAAUCAGGAAAGGGGAGAAUUGUAUGCUACCUUGAGUUCCUUGAACGAAAGGCGAGGUAUAAUUCAUCUCACUAAGGAAGAUUCAGCCUGUUUGUGACAACAGAUUCAUUUUGCUCUGAAAGGAGAGCUGAAUUAUUCCCUGCAUACUUUUCCUAUUGCUGCUUGUCUUGUAAGAACACAGGCAGCUGCUGGUGUUGACCUAUAAAGCCUUACACGGCUCAGGACCUCAAUACCUUAAGGACCACCUCUCCCUAUACAAAGCAACACGGAUCCUGCUCUUGUCAUCUGAGACUCUUCUCUACAUCUCCCUCUCCCUGAAAAGUUUGGACAGUGACAACACAAGAACGGGACUUUUCUUGGUUUUAGGUGGAAGUCGCAAACUAUACCUACAAAGGAGGAAUGGAUUUGUAAACUAAAUGAAUAUUUAAUUUUGGCAAAAUUAACUGCUAUAAUAAGAAAUCAGUCGAAUCAAAAAUUAAAAAAGGAGUGGAAAUGUUUUGAUGAAUAUAUGGCAAAAUAUUGCUCAAAAAAAGAUACGCUAAUAUGCCUAGAUUAAAAUGUGAAGUACUGGAGGGAAGAAAAAUUAGUAAGGAAAGAUAAUAAGAAUAUAUAGAUGAUUUGAGAAGAUUGUAGAAUGCAAGAUUUACAAGAUUAUUGUAAAUUGUAUAAUGUGGAGGAAAUCGAGUGGGGGCGGAGGCAAGUGGGAGGAAGGAGAAAAGAAUAAUAUGAUGGAUUGAGGAAAUAUAAAUGUAAAUGUAUGGUGGGAUGGGGAGGAAAUGGUGUUGGCUUUGGUACACCUGUAUUGUAAUGUAAUAUGUGAAAGCCAAUAAAUAAAUAAAUAAAUAAAUAAAAUUAUUAUUUUUUAAAAGAACGGGACUUUUCUGUGGUGGCUUGUGGAACGCUCUCCCCAGAGAGGCUUGCCUGGCACCAUCAAAACAUGUCUUUAGAUGCCAGGCAAAAACUUUACGCAGGCCUAUGGUUAUUAAAUAACAUACGGCCUGUAAAAGUGUUGGGGAGAGAACUGUUAGGGAGAGGAAUGUCAGUAUGCUUUUUACUAUGUUUUUAUGAUGUUCUUAUAAUUGGUGUUUUGCAAUGUGUUUCUAAUGUUGUACACCGCCUUGAGAUCUUUUGAUAAAUACAAAUUGGUAUACAAAUUGAAUAAAUAAUAGUAAUAAAUAAUAAUAAAUGCCAGGUAAGACUAAAUUGUCCAUCUUAUUACCCCAGUAUUGUCUGCUCAGAGUGGCAGUGACUCUCCAGGGUCUCAAGCAGACUAAGGUCUUUGCAUUUGCUUGCAGCUUAUGUUUACUUCUGCAUGCAAACCAUCUACACACCAACACUUAAUUAUGUCCCCUGUCCAAACAUUGUGAGAGCUGAACUGUGUUGCCACUUGACUGGCUGAAGAAGUGUUCAUGCACACGAAAGCUCAUACUAAUAACAAACUUAGUUGGUCUCUAAGGUGCUACUGGAAGGAUUUUUUUAUUUUAUUUUGCCUGUUAAAGACCUUAACACAUAUUUUGUUUGUUAUUUCUGCAGCUACAAGAGUGUGGUGACUCCUAAGCGUGCUGGAAUCGCUAUUGCUUGCUGCUGGCUGGUUUCCUUGCUCGUCGGGCUGACCCCUAUGUUUGGCUGGAACAACCUGAACGAAAUGCAGAAGAGGGCGAACGCGAGUCAGCUGAUGAACACCAGUCAGUCAGAGUUCACCGUCAGUUGCCAGUUUGAGAACGUUAUCAGCAUGGAAUACAUGGUCUACUUCAACUUCUUCGUAUGGGUAUUGCCUCCGUUGCUCAUCAUGCUCAUUAUCUACCUGGAAGUGUUCAAGAUCAUCCGCAAGCAGCUUAAUAAAAAGGUUGCCUCCUGCUCGACAGAUCCAGAAAAGUAUUAUGGGAAGGAGCUGCAAAUCGCCAAAUCUCUUGCCCUCGUCCUCUUCCUGUUUGCUGUGAGCUGGCUGCCUCUGCACACUCUUAACUGUAUCAGCUUUUUCUACCCGUCGUGCAAGACCCACAGCAGCCUCACCUACAUUGCAAUAUUUCUUACGCAUGGGAACUCUGCCAUGAACCCCAUCGUCUAUGCCUUCAGGAUUAGAAAAUUCAGGACCACGUUCCUGCAGAUCUGGAACCAUUAUUUUUACUGCAAAGGGGACAAGCACAUGAACAAUAUUGAUAACACUGACAUUGCCAUCUAGGAGUCGUCUGGUGCCAGGCUGGCCUGCAGCCUUCAAGCCACAUGGGGUGCUCUAUAAACAUCCCUUUCAUUGUCCAAAUGGCCAAGUUGGCUUCAUCUCCAUUAUACGCAAGGCCUGCUCCUGGGCAGAGCAGACAAAGCCCAGAGCCAAUCAAGGGCAUUAUUUAUUACUACUAGUAAUAUUCAUUUUACCAUCUGGUAUUCUAGGAGCUGUUCUUUCCCCUCCCAUUUUUUGGAAGCAAGGUGACACUUAUAAUUAUGCAUUUAAAGGGGGACUAUGCCAACAGAAUGUAUAUUUCAUUCCAAUAAAGAGGAAACAAA